AUGGCUGGCUUGCAGGAAGGUGUCGAACACCUUUUAGCAAUAAUUUCGUCGUUUUCUAAGUUACAUGUUCCUCCGCUAUGUUCAGUCAUAGCCAGAAGGUAAGAAGAUUACUUAUUACUGGUUUAGUUCUCGUUGUGUGUGUACGCGUACAUGAUGAUGUUCGCAAGACUGUUCAAAGUUAGGGUGAUAGCGAAAGUCUUUGGACUACUGUCAUGGGAUCAGCUGAGUUAAGCAGUUUCAUGUCAUGUCAAGCUGAUACUUUUGUUGCUGAUCCAGAAAUCAUGAGAGUAUUUCGAAACUGAACAUACUGUUUUAAUUGACAUCUGCUACUCGAUUUUUGCUAUUUAUUUAUAAUCAUUAAGCUUAUCAUUUGCUUUUAAAAACCAGUGAAUUUUACAGCUGCCUGCAGGAAAAAACUUUCUUUUUUUUUGUUGUUUGAUAAUCGCCCCAACCCAAUGCCAGAUUUCCUUUCCCAACAUCCGAUUCUGCAAAUGCUAGCAGGUUACCAAUGAAACAUAAAAUUUCUAAUAACUUUACUGUCUUUUCUGUAGUGAAAAUGAAAUACUUGAAGGACAGGAACGUGAAGGGAUUUAUUCAUUUGUGGCGUUGUCUGCGCAUUACAUUGGAUUAAAUGUUACUCAGUGUAAGUAAAGUACUAUGGCAGUGUAAUGUUCAUGUAUGAAGAUAUUCUUACUCUCUUGCUCCAUUGCAAGGUUGUUGUGUACAUGCAUCCUUUUACCUCAACAGGUAAUCAGCAUAGUUUAUUGGGGAAUUAUUAUAUGAGGCUGAGUAAGAUGUGAAGAAUUAUGAAGAUUGAAUAGGGUUUUAUCUAAAGGCUCCUCGAUCCUUACAAAAGCCAAAUCCAAUACCUGUGUUAUUAUUCAUCCCAAUUAACAGAGUAACAAGAGAGCUGUCACUAAGGACCGUAACCUGUAACACCUGUUACAGCUGAGCUCACUUGAUGUUUCGGUUGACGAAAGUGGAAAUCUAGAGGUGGCACUAUAAAUUUUUGAGAGAUGUUAUGGGUGAAUCUUCAUUAAUUUUGCUAUGGCUGCUUCAAAACUUAAUGGUUUUGUAUGUCAUUCACUGUUUACAUGUGUUAAUUUUACAGGUGGUGCUAGUUUGCAAAUAAUAGUGAAAGCAUGCAAAGUGCUCCUUAAGUUUGUUCUGUUAGAGCUGGAAAAUAAAAAGGAAUUGCGACAACCUUUGAAGGUACAUGUACUGUCCUUAUAAUUACAUGUAUUGCACCCUUUGAGUGUGGACAACAUUUGAUCCUGGACUAUAAUGUUAUUAUUUAACUCUACAUGCACUUAGAAAAUCAUGGAAAAUUAAAGUUACCUUUGGCAGAUUAGUCACUGCUGAUGUCAAAGCAAGGACGAUAAAAAAAGAUGGACAUGAGUAAACAGCAUAAACGGCACACAUUUUGGUGAAAACCAAAGUUUUGAAAAAUUUCAAAAGUGACAGCAUAACCUAAGGCAGCGUGCGACGAAAGUAGAGUCCGAUAGCCCGGGGCUAGUGAAUUUUGCUAUCGGGCUAGUGAAUUCUGUUCUUCACUUGCCCGACUGGCGAGUAGUUUGAGGAAUUCAACUUACAGAAGAAAUGUUAAAUCAUUUCUGAUCUCCCAAAAAUUUUUGGGGCUAGGUGAAAUGACGUUUGGACUAGUAAAUGUUAGCUUCAGCUUGCCGGAAUGGUAAGCUGUAAAAAUGACUUCCUUUGCACCCUGCUAAGGUUAUAGAAAACUUGAAAUGGUUAUGGGAAAAGUCAUGGAAAGUCUUGAAAUUUCAAAAGCUCAAAAGAGUAUGAACCCUGAACAUACUGACAACAAAAUUUAAUUAUUGUUACUUUUCCACAGAAGCAGUUAAUAUCCAUCAUUGAAGGGCUUUGUAAAGGACAUGGCUGUUUGAACAGAACUGAGAUAAUCACAUUAACAGCCAUCCUAAAAUCAGCCAAUGGCUUCAAGGAAACAGCCAGCUCAUCUGAAAAACAGACAAGUGUUUCACUCAUCCAAGGAGAUGACUUCUUCCAGCGUCUGCAGACAGCAUUUACCGAGAAUGGGGAAGAUACCAGUUCAAGUUUUACAAAGGACAAAAGCAGGUGCUCUUGGAAAGUAUUGUACUGUAUUGUAGUGGUUACUUUAGUCAAGGCUGUGCACUAGCAGCUCCAACUGGCCCCUGCAGGUGCCAAACUUUUGCUCCCAGAUGACUAUGUUUAUUAUUAUUAAAUUAACAGUGAUUUUGUUAAAAUUAUUUAACUUAUGAUGAUUAAUAAAUUAUUCAUGAAUUAGGGUUAGGAGACAAAGAAAAUUGAGAAUCAACCCAGGUCAAAUCAAAAUUAACCAGAAAUAAAAUUUGACCUGUAACAUAUACAUGUAAAUGUGUGAUUCAAUUGUCCUUUCUCUUUCUUUAUGAUAACGAUGAAAAAUGAGAAUAAAACAAGGCAAACAGAAAUAAAAGUACUGGCUUAGGACUUUGAUUAUACAUUAAUGUUGAAGGUUUAAUAAAUUUCAGUUUAAGCUUAUUUUAGUUGAAUUUCAGAUUAUAUAUUCUGAAAUAGGAUUUGUUAAUAUCUUAGGACUGAAAAUGAAAAGAGUUUAGCACCAGGUUCUAGUAGCACAGAUAUCAAGAGCUUCUUUUCCAACUGCAAUGUAGCCUCAGUGCGACAGUUAGGAGGUGGCAGGGUAUUAUUAGAUCUGUGCAUUUCCCUGCCUGAAUUCUCAAAGAUUGCAUUUAAUCCUGUGGGAUCUUCCUCUCCGAUGAAUCUUACAUCCUCCAGGUAGGUUCUUAUAGUUCUGAAGAGUUACAACAUUUUAUUAAGCCUGUAGGAGGCCAUGUUUAUGCUACCUUUGGAGGAGGAUGGCAUCCACUUCUCCCUCCCCCUCUCAUCCACCUCACAACCCCUUAAAUCCAAGGGUUGAUGUGCAGGGCUGUCAGUAGGCUGAUUUAGCAACAGAACGUGACUUCAGUUGAUGAUGGGAAAGCACACGACGUGACUUCCGGUGCUCAAUUUGCCGCUCUGCCAUUGGUCAAGCCAGUAGUUUGAUUUGGGUGUGUGGUUGUUAGCUGAUGUUCCCGUUCUGUUGCUAAAUCAGUGAAGUAAUGGCCAGGGACUGGGGAUUUCACCCAAAGUCUACAAAAUGUACUAUGAGCUUGACCCGAAGCUACUAUCAGAGGAAGCAAAAGGAAAAUAGCCACAAACUUAUAAUGUAUUAUUACUGUUUCUGCAUAUCAGCUUUGAUGUGAUGUUUUGUAUCAUACAUGUACUGGCGUAUCCUUAACAACCAGUAACUUUUUAGACACCUGCGACACAACUUACAGAAUCAGCUUGCAGGAUAACAGCUGUGCACUCAGAAAUUUCCAGAGUGCAGUCUUAACAGGGCAUGCACAUUCCACAUUAAACGAAACCAGAUUUGAAAAACAGUAAGUUUCAACCACAGUGGUUGCCAGGGGCCGGCAGACGUACCUCUCAGACGUAUCUAUCUUUCUUCUCUGUCUUGUCUUCUCUUAUCGUGAGGAACCUCUGCUAGCAAGGAAUGAGGGGGAUAUGGUUGCUCAUUUGAAUAUGGAUGGUUAUUUGAGGAAACACAGUAGGAGAUUACUUAAAAUGGAUGAAUUUUUCUUAUUGCAGUAUCCAGGAACUGUCUUCUGAGUUGAUGGUUAUAUCAGGCAUCAUAUCAAUCCCUAUACUGGAACCACUCUCAGCAAGUCGAGUGGAAAAAGUUAGUCAGUUGGCUUUAGCCUGCCUAAAUGUUGCCCUUACAGUGGCCACUGGAAAUUUCAGCUUGGCUGGUGCUGCUGGUAUGUUACAAAAAGUUAUUGUACAGUUACUACUUAAUCAUAAAUCUUUUGAAUUAAAUUUUCUCAGAUUCCUUGUACUAUAGGUAUAUUGGCUUCAAGUCUGUACUCUGAUGUGAUCUGUACACUAACUUUCUUUAAUUGCAUGCAUGAACAAAAGGACAUUUUUUUAAUCAUCAUACUAAGUAAAGUACUAUUGUGUACAGGUCUUGUACUCACUUAUAGUGAAGCCGUUUUCCUGAUAUACAUUUCAAUGUACUUUUGUUCUUUUUUGUUGCAUAUGUUACAGAUCAAAAUUCAAUUCAGGAUGAAAAUUUUUAACCAACAAUGAGGGACAAAAGUGUUGACACACUUCCGUAAAAUGGUCCCAUUUUGCAUAGUGGAUAUAUUUAUCCCCUUCCCCUGUCUACCCCAACCCCUUCCCCCCAAGAUCAAUGUUGUAUUUUGGACCCUCAAGUCUUUUUUUUACUUCAGACAACAUUGAUUCAGGGGUUGAGGGGAUUUAGGGCAUUUAAAAGGAAUGAAAUAAUAAAUGAAUUAAAUGUUUGUUAAAAGCACCCAUUUUAAACACGUGUGUCAACUACUUUUGUCCCUGAUUGUAGGUUGAUUCUCAAUUUCCUUUGUCUCCCAGUCCUAAUUCAUGAAUAAUUAUAGUGACUAGGAGUCAAAGGAAAUUGAGAAUCAACCUAAGUUAAAAAAUUUUAACCUGACUUUAAUUUUGACUGUCAGUAUUCACAUACAGUGUACAUGUGUACAUGUACUUUUGUUCUUUUUCACUUUGCACAUACUUUUUUCUUCAUGCUAAUAAAUGCACAAACAUUGUAGAGUCUGCAUUCUGUAUGCGAGUGUUUGAAUCAUAGCCUGUCUGAGACAGAGGAAAAUUGAGAAUUUAACUUUCCCAAUUUCGAUUCCCAAAGCAAAAAUGCAUAAACAAAGAAGUUCUUCUGGUUUAUUUAUAUCUGUUGAAAAUGAAAAUAAUAACAACAACAUUUGUCGUAAACUUUUCAGGAACAACAGGUUUGAGUAGACCAUUAUCAGGCAAAACACUGCUGGGAAGGUCAUCACUGUCAAAGGCAUCUGGAGCAAAAUCUGCCAGCAAAAUGACUGGUGAAGAAGAAAGCUUAGAAAGAUGUGUUCAGAGCAUUGUGGAAAACUGCGUAAGAGGCAUUUACGGUUGUGCUCUGCAUGUACAAUGUUCAAAUGAACGAAAUUUAGAUGAUGAUGAUUUUUUUUUCAGGGUAGGGGAUGGGAAGGGAAAUAAAUCUCUUGAGCCAUAUUGUCCAGCAGAAAGUUGCUUGGUGGGGGUGGCUACAAGGGAUGUCUUGGGGCUUUUACUUUUGGCACAACCAGCCCCUGCACAGAGUUAUGCCUUCUUGGCCUGUAAAUCCACACCUCUCAGUCAUAAGCCCCUGUGCCUUCAAUGUCAGGCAACUAUCACAGUAACUAAUCAGUGGAAAAGUAACAGGGGCUGGUUGGGGUUGGUGUAAAAGCAAAGGCUAAACAAAGCCCAGUGGCCUUUAUGAAGCACUGUAUUUAAUACAUGGUGCUUAUGCAGACUGACUACAUCUACACCACCAAACAGGCCACUGACUGACAACACAAGAUAGUGCUCCUUGUUAACGGCAUUAAAGUUAAUUUAACAGCACUAGCUGUAGUGGUGUUUUAACGCUGUUAGCCAAAUUAGAGCCUGUUUGGAGUACGUAAUGUGGAUUUUGAGACAAAAAUUGACCUGUCUUUUUGGUUAAUUUAGCAAAAUAAUGUGACAUUAAUUUUCAGAACUCUUCUUUAGACAAGGACUACUAUAAGUACACUGUAGAGUGUAUACAUCAUGUUGCCAGAAAGAUGUGAUUUUAUUACUUUUGGUUGUGGCAGAUUAAUGUGUUUGAUGUCAUCUGUGGAGUUAUAUCAUCAUCAUCACGAGCAGGAGGACAAGUCUUGCAAAACAUUCACAUGUUGGCAGCUCAUAGAAUAAUUCAAGGAUUGUUACCGGUGCUUGGGUUGACUCCUGAAGAUAGUAGCGCCAAGGAAACUGCUGGUGCUAAAUUCAAAUGGUAAAAUGUAUAACAGCACUUAAUUACUCUAGCUCAACCUCCUGUAAGGGACCUCCCGAAAUGCAAAGAUUAAUUUAUAGUGGUUGCGUACGGAAGGUUUUUGGGCACAUGUAUGAGAAUCGAACCACAGGCAGUCCUUUCCAAGUAGAGGUCAUGACAUAUCUACUGUUUGGCUGAGAAUUAAUUGAAUGCAAUAUCUAAUUUGUGAUUUGUGUAGUUCCAUAUGUUGUCACUAGAAAUUAUUGUUAAUUUUGUAUGCUCUGAGAAGCAUAACAGUAUAGAAAUACAUUGUAUAGAGAUUGGGUCAUGGGUCAAAUGUCACUUACAAGUGGUUAAAAACAAUGAGAAAUUUUAAUACUGUGACCCCCCAAAAGUACCCUGCGGGCAGAGGCUCCUUCGAUCUUCCUAGAUAAGCCGGGAACUAGGAAGAUCAAAGGAGACUCUGCUCACAGGGUACCCCAAAAGUGGUCGACGUCACUUAAAGCGGUGAUUCUUUACAAGGGGCUCCAAGUAUGGGACUUUGACAAAGAAACGUUUGGUGUUUCAGAUAGGUGGUCACACAUGCGUAUAUGGAUGUUUGACUCUAGUUUUGUCAUACGUGAACUUUACCUUGUUCUUUGCUUUGAAAACUUAUCAAGAAUGAUUCUUGCUUAUUGUUAUUUGCAGGUUACAAGGUGUCAACACAUUAGUCGUUGCUCUUGCAUCACACGGCAUCACCCUGUUAUCCUCUCUGUUGGAAGAGCUUCAAGUGGAAGGACUGAUCACGGAAGCUGAGGAUGAACAAAUCUCCAUUGGAGCUGAUUUCAGUGUCAAUUCUCCUUGCUCUGCUUGGAGGAGAGUCAAGAAGUUGAUGGAUGACCUGCCACUUUUAAACUACUUGCUAGCACAGUUCUCUACAUUGUACAGAAUGGUGGGCAUUACAUUUUCUGUUUCUACUUUUGAAAUAACUCAACAUACCACAUUUAAGUUCUUGAAUUGGAGUAUAGGCUUGCUUUGUAUAUAACAAUAGAAAGUUUAAGCCACCAGGACAGCAACAGCAAUGGGGACGUCAUUAAAUAAUAAACCUGUCAUUUUUUUUUAGAAUUUAUAACAGUUAUUUCAGGUGGCUCAAUUGGUCAAAUGUACAUGUAGGCGACUUUUCCAGGAGUUGAAUUUUCAAGGAGCACAUCAAAAUUUAACAAUGGAAACAAAAAUUUGUGGUCAAGUGUUUAUAUGCUUUUUGGGUCAUGUUGCUUGUUGGAAUUACCCUGGCAGGGCCUCAGACAACAUUGUCUUAGACGAUUAAUUACAUUGUAUAACAUGUGCAUGCAUUUACAUGACUACAUUACCUGUGGAUGGUGCACAGUCACUAAGAUCUACUGAACUGGGUAAAACAAUGACAAGAACUCAGCUUUGUUGAAGGUGGUGAACAGUCCAUACUCCAGCUUUAGUGACAAUACUGUACAAUCUAUCCAUUCACGAAUAUCCCAUUGCAUCCUUUCUUGUCUACAGGCUACAGCCAUGAUCACACCCACUGUGACAGCUGGCCAAGAACCAUCUCGACCAAGUUCUGGCAAGUCUGACAGUUCAAAGUCACCAGCAUCAUCUUCUGAUGAGGGUGACAGUGAAUACAUUUCUUAUUCAGAUGGGAGCAGUGAAGGUAUGUAUAUGUACAGCACAAACUUUGCCAUGUCAUGGUACAAUGUACCCUUUUAGCUACAAAGUUUCCCUUUAUUUCUACGGCUUUCCUUACCAUCAAUAAUGAAACUCGUUUCCAAAUUUCUUCUGAAAUGAAAAGUCUCUAAUUGCUUACAACAAUAUUGGUUGGCUUUUGGAUGGGUUAAACUGUAGCUCCAAAGCAAGGCAGCUGUGCUAAUUUGUUUGGCUUUUUGUACAAUGCACAUGUAGUUCACUAGCUGCUGACUUUAAAACCCAUCUUGAUCCUGUAUGGGAAAGAUGUUGAUCGGGAUGUACGGCUGUCAAAAAGUUUUUAAGUAGUAGGCUGAUAAUGAAUAGUAGGCGGCUUUGGAACUCGCACUAAAGGCACAAGCUCUUGAGGGCCCAGGCAUCUAAGGACAUUUUGAAUAACAGUCUCGGAAAUGGUGUGUCCAGAGGUUUUCAAGAGGUAUUUUCCACUGUGGACGCCAGGUUAUUUUUGUUUCGUUAGAAUACAUGCAAGACUGGAACAAUGCCAUCGAACUGUCCCAGGUGUUCCAAGAAAUCGCACGGUUUGAACAUUUUACAGAUCUCAACUUGUUGGAAUAUGCAUUCAAUGUCAUUCAAAACUGGGAAAGUUACAAUUUUAUUCGAUGGUGCUUACUUUUUGUUAGCAGUUACGGUGGAAGGAGAUCAAGGUAGCCGGCACAAAAUUAAUUGUGCAGUGUAAGGGGAAUCUAGUAAUUUUUGGAUGUCGCUUGGGACGUAAUUCCAGGCAGUCCUUAUUUAUUUAUUGUUAUGAUAAAAAAAUGAAUCCAAUGUAAUAGAAACUGUGUUGUUCUUUCUAUUCUUUUUAUUCAGAAGAUGAGUCUUUAUUUGGUCAGUGGUUUCAAGACACUUUAUCAUCAACAUCACCUGUAACGUCCCCCAGUCCACAACCUCCAGCAAGACAGAAGGCUGAGGGGGGUGAGGCUGGGGAUAGUGGAACAGAGACCACACCCUCUGGACGCUCUUUCCAAAUGGCACUAGAGGAGGUGAGUGAUGGUCCAACUAAUUGGGUAUGACUGUUAAGAUUUUAUAUAAUUUAGAGAGAGAGUUUUCUGAAAGCACUUGGGUCCGGGUGAGCAGGGAAUUAUAGGUUGUGUUUGUUUAUCGUUGGUUUAAAUUUUAUUUUCCUUUGUUUUGGGGUACAUGGUAAUGUAUAAUAAUGAGUUUGAAACAAAAUGUAAACCAAGGAUAAAUUUGAUCCACAAUAGAUAAAUAAAUUUUUUAAUGGCUUUUAUGUAAACCAGCGCUUUAGAUGAUAAAACCACCAUCAUGAUAACGUAAAAUGUUUAUCUAUCUACAGUGGUCUUGAAUUUUUAUACCUUUAUAGCCAUUUCUAUGGCAUGUUAAAAAGUGCUUCUUCACAGAAUUUUCUUUAUUGGGGUGUUCUCUUGUUUAGUCCUGAAUGAAUUGUGUAGUACUACCAGUGUAUUGUUGAUUGCCAUUGUUACAUGUGUUAUGGUGGAGGGAAUCUCUUCUUAACACAAUUUAAAUUUGGCAGUGGAAAAGAGGCACUUUUGUCACUGGUGCACAUACAUGUAACCCCAGUGGCGUUGUAGAAUCUUCUUUGAGGUUGUAUGAUAUGUGAGCAAUAAUUUCAAAUGCAUUUUACAUAUUUCCCUGAGACGUACUCUUUCCACACAUUUUACUAAAGUUGAUGUUAAUUAUUGCUGAACUUGGAAAAUUUUUCUUUUAUUCCUAAGUAUUCCAUUUAAUGCUGACAGCUUGAAUUUUCAGUUUUAAUGGUAAUGAAGGGCAUCGAUCAUUGGAACUUCAAUAAUAAAUUUUAUUAUUAUUAUUAUUGUUAUUUUCAGAAUUUCUUGAUUACACUUGAAGCAGUUAUAUAAUUAUAAUAACAAGAGUUUGUAAAUUCUUUUUUUGUUGUUGUUGUUACAGAACAUUUACCUAGCAACUUGCACCCUACAGUUUUUAACCAAACACCUUCUGAGCAGUACCAUACCAGAAAUGACUGAAUACAUCAGGCAGUCAUUCACUGAGGAACAUAUCUUGGGGCUUGUGAGUGUUGUACAAGAUCUGGAUCAAGUUGCCGUCAGCAGAAUGUCAAGUGAUGUUGACUUGGCCAAGCUCUGCGUGGCUGUUGACCAGGCUGUUCAUUUGCUUCUUGUUUCACACUUGCUGUCAAGUGAUCAACAGGUUAGAUUGUAGUACAUUUUUUUCUUCCACAGCUACCAGUAAGAGUCAGUCAUUAGAUAUUGUCUGACCAAAAUUGGCCCGUGUGUGAUAAAAUCUUGAGUGCUUUCCAUUCAGCCUAAUUCCACUGGGCAUGUGGAAUUUCUGAAAUUUCAAACUGGAAUUUUUAUUGAAUGCAAAGUGCCCCUUACACUGUAACUGUUGCUGGUGGUGUUGGGACAAAGUAAAUACAUGUACCACUUACUAAUCUAAUAUUUUUUCCCACCUUGAGCAAGAGUGAAUUGUUGUACCAACAAAUAACAUUAUUGCUGUGAAUUUGUGUCAGCAUACUGCAAAUCUUGCCCUUACCAUGCACAGUGUUAUCAUAAGUGAUGUAAGAUUGGGUCUAAGCCCACAUUUUUGCUUUGUCUACCGCACCAUAAUGGUGACUUACCUGGACAUAAGUUUUAUGUUCUUUCAAGAAAGAAAAAUUAUUUUGAGCUAUGCUCUUCACUAAACCAGUCAGAUUCUGGAGUUAUCCCUGGACUCUUCUCUUGUUUUCAAAUAUUCAUGGCAACACAUUGUCUCUUAAACAACCCUGCUCUACUUAUCAAUUCCACUUCGCUUUGUAUCUGUUUGGGUACACAAUUGUAGAUGUAGGUUACAGGUGACCUCAAAAUUUUUGUACGCAUAUAGUGGACAGAUGCUAGAUACAAAAUAAACUGUUACAACAGGAGAGUAACUAUCAUCUACCAGGGCUAUGACCAUUCAUGACCAUUUUAUAAGACAGUAUACAUGUAGCAAUACAAUAUCCUUUACCCAAUUUUAAUCUUAUUUCUUUAUUAGGAUGUGUUUCUGGGCCAUUUGGGCCUGGCUCCAUUGGUGGAAGGGCCAUGGCCACUGAAGGUGAGCAGACGAUGUCUGGGCAUUCUUGCCAGGGUACUGUUGGCACGGCAACAGAAGGCUCUUCAAGCAAACAGUGCAAUGGACAUUGGUGAAUGUGUUACAGUGUGGAAAAGGCUGAUAAAUACACUCCGAGAUUUGUCUCUUCAAGAGGGGCCAGUUUGUCCUCCUCAAGGUAAUGUAUUACAAAAGCAUUAGCGUCUCCAGUUUGCUGCUCGUUGCUAUCAGGCAGACAAAGAAAUACACCAUAAUCUCAUCUCUCAUCCUCUGGCACCCAACAUUGGGGGAAUCAACUAAUGUCCGGGGAAACAGAUGUCAGGCAAAUUAGUUUUUGGGUGAAAUUAUCUGUUACUGCCGCUGUAGCUCCAAUUAAAAUAAUUUCUUUGCCUUGAGUAUGAUUAAGGUAAUUAUAAAAGACAAUGUUAUCUUGUUGUUUUCCUUCAGAUCUAAAUGUGGAGCAUCUUCAGCUGUUGGUGUUUAUUUUUCAUAAUUUCUCCAUGGCUCAACGUAAAGCUCUGUUGACAUACUGUGCAAGAGUUCUCAUAGCAGUUUCUGACUCUUCUUCUGUAACACAUACUGCUCCCCUGCCACUCUGCCAUCUCUUGUUGCUGUUGGACUUCUUCCUUCAUCAUUUGUCAAAACCACCGCAAGAUCUCUUCAAGCAGGUCUGUUUGACCCAAAAUUAUGUUUGCAGCCAAACCCUGCUUUAAGGACGCCUUGUUAAUACGGAGACCUUUUUCUCUACAUUCAACCCGUUAAUAAUAUAGACACCCCAUUAACAUGAACACUUUCUAUAACCCCUCAGUGUCCGUAUUUACGAGGUUUGACUGUACUUGAUAACUACUUGUACUUGUCGUUAGGUUUUUUAAUCUUGUUAUGUUUGAUUUUCGUAGUAUGUUUUGUUUUUGCUUAUUUGAGUGGAGUGCUCGAAACUACACUAUAAGCACCAUAAACAAAGCAUAAUUAAUUAUGCAUUUCCAUGUAUUACACAGAUGGUACCUCUGUAAGCCUUUGUAUUCAAGUUUUUGAUUUUGCUUUUCUUUCAGGUUCAGCAUAAUCUAUUUCAGAGUUGUAUUGCAGCCACUGACAAAGUAUCAGACGUUAAAAGCUCUUCAGAGCCAUUUGAACCUUUGUAUUAUGUAACAGCUGAGCAAGAAGAUGAGUGUCUGUCAAAUUCUGACAUAAAAGCCCAUUUGCUUUCUGAGGAGUCCUUCCCGUCCAACUCUGUCAAUGGUAAACCCAGGUUUUAUGAGAUAAGAUCAAUUCAGCAAGAGGAAGAAUUAGACAAAGAGGUGGGUUAUUACUAAAUAUGAAGAGAGUCAUGCUCGUUUAAAUUUUUUUUUCACAGCCACUGUUAUGCUUGGCACAUGAGGCUUAUUUUAGCAUUGUCAGGUACAUGUCUAUUGUUGGUAGUGUUUCAGAAGUGUGUUGGCUGACUAUUAUACAUGUUCCUCCAGAAGAGAGAGCAAUGAGGCAGAGGGGAAUCAGGUGUUGUGCCGCAUAUGUGAAUUUCACUUUUAAUUUGUUUUUAGAAGUUUGGGACGUCUGCAAAUUUAAAUCGAUUGUUUGAAGUGACAUGAAGUCCUUGUGUGGCUGCCUCAAAGCAAAAAAGUCAAGGAUUUUGUAAUAGCAACUAUUGAAUUCGUGCUUGGCAACACUGAAUAAAAGUUCACGUACCUCUCCGGAAAACCAGCUUUUGAUGAAUUGAAGCAUGUAAUUGGUCUAAAAAUAACUUUAGUGAAAUUCAAAUAUCCCAAGGGCUAGACUGGCGUUUCCCUCCCUGGCACAUUUUUCUUUCUUGACCUCCACCAUCAACAAACGAUGUCAUUUGGACUGAUCAAGAAGGAAAGGUUGAAGAAAAAACCUGGAAACUUCAUAGCUUCCUGAAUGGUUACACUGAUACUAGGGAGCCUAAACAACCACAACUACAAUGGCAACAAGAUCACACAUGUAAAAACAAAAACAAUUGUUUUUCUAGUGGACAGGACUCUGUGCAGUCUUGUGGUGCUAACCAAAAGUCAGAACUUGGCGGUGUGACCGGUCUUAUUGAAAAUGAAAUAAGAGGUUGUUCUGCAGAGUUUUUGCCAAAUCUUAUCACUGCUGUGUAUGCUAUUUAGGAACAGACCAAUCUGGUUGGACAAUCUUAAUUACUGGUAAAAAUUAUCUUUACAACUAGCCUUGUCUAGCCUGCCAGUUCUGACGUUAUUGUUGUUACAUGUUUUUUCACAGGCUUCCUCAACACUUGUCAGUUUGUCUGAAGAAGAACUAACUUACAGAGAUUUUUACUCUGCCAUAAUCAAGCUUUUGAUGGCAGGAUCUCUACAGGAAGUAAAAAGCGAUUCAGAAGAGGCCCAGUCAGUAUCACGAAAUGCUGUCGUAGUAAAACGCUGCUUUAGCUUGACAUGGCGUAUUCUUCAUUACUUGCCGCCAUCAGUGGAAUUUUUCAGCACCCUCUCACAGGAUCUAGAAAUGCAACAUCUAAAUGUGACAGUGAGUAGAAUUAUUUUAGAAAAGUGUAGGCAUGAACUUACAGACUCACCACAUGUGGUCUAUUUUGGUAUGUGCAGUUGUACAGAACUAGUUAACUGUGGAAUCUGCUUCCAUUGCAAUUUAGAAAUUGCUGCAAUGUUAAAAAAUUUGAGAACGCUCCAGAAGAUAUUAAUUUAGGAUCUUUAUAUUGAUUAAUGGAUUGGCACAGGUAUAAUGUUUAUAACCAAAUUUAAGAUUCUUGGUCAUCACAGUUAAAGAAUUUAUGCAGGAUGAACAUUUGUUUAAUUCAGAAUAUUUUUAUAGUAUAGAAGAUGAUAUAUAGUCCGUGAACUUUUGAACAAGUUUAAUUGUUAGCUUAGGUAUUACAUGUCUAAAAAUGUUUAACUACUACUUACUUCUACAAUAUUCUGCCACGUUGUCCAGAAGUGGUUGCUCGAGACAGAUAAUCAGGAGUGAAGCUGUAAGAAAAACAAAAAACAACCAAAACCAAGUCACAAUUUUAUUAGCUUUCCUUUUCUUCCAAAAAAAGCUGGAUUCAGUACCAAUCAUAACCUAUACCAAUAACACAUUUUAUAAAUUCUGUACAAUCUCAUUUGUUGACAUAAUUCCCAAUAAAUGUUCUUUUGUUUUAACUCUGUUUAACAGGAUCCUGACCUUGCGAAACUGUUAUGUAGUUUGAAAUUUGUGUCAAAACUUGGUGGCUCUGCAAAUCCUGACACUGCAUUCUGCGAAUACCUCAAGGUAUGUUAACUGUCUAUAGUGCGGCCUAAAAGACAUGUUUGUCUUGAAUUUUCAUACCAAAAUUAAGGGAGCUGUGUGUCACGAAAUUAUUCAAAAUUCAAACGUCGGAAACGACCUCCAAAUUGGGUUCAGGGUGCAAAGAAAGUCAGUUUUACAGCUUGCCAUUCGGGCAUGCAGUAGGUAGCAUGUUCUAGCCUAAAAGUCAUUUCAACUAGCCCCAAAAACUUUUUGAUAAGCAGGAUUGAUUACAGUUCUUCUGUAAUUUGAAUUUCUCAAAAAACUUUACUUGCCCGUUGGGUAAGUUAAGGUAAGUUAAGAGCAAAAUACACUAGCCCGAUAGCAAAAUCAACUAGCGCCAGGCUACCGGACAGUACUUUCUUUGCACGCUGUGGGUGAAACAUGAAAGUAGCCGUUUAAAACAGUAGAAGAAGAAUAGAGAAUACGAAAAAAGGCAGUAACAGACAAACUGGGAAGAAGACUAAAACAGAUUGAAAUAGUGGCUUUUGAAAACUUGUUUUCCUAACAGUUUUUCAAAGUUAAAUGUUUGUUAUAUAAAGCAUUUGAUAUAAAUGCUUGGGAGAUGCAGUUGUUUGUCACGAAGCUGUGAUUUUUAUAUUUUCAAGUAGUUUCUUUACUUAUGCUGAGGACGCCUUGGCAAUAGUGUACAAAAUGAACUAAAUGUAGAUGAGCUUGGCACAGCUCUUUAAUGCUUUGUAGCAGUAGAGUAUAGGGCUUUCCACCACUAAUUCUGAGAUAUCAAAGCAGCUUUUAUUUCUUGAACUGGCCUUGCUUCCAUAUUUCACAAUGUUUUAGUAGACAAUUUAUGAAUUUCCUGUAAAAGAGGAGCCAAAUCCUCCCCCUAGGACAGAUCAUCGGCGCAAGAUGCAUGAAGCCAGGCUGCUAGGCCAGCGGUUUUUUAAAGAAAAUUAAAAAUGGCAGAGGAAGGUUCACACUCGACUUUCUCAGGUGAAGAAGGUCAUUCAACAAUUUUAUUCGCACAUACUAAGAUUUUUACAAGAUUAAUAUCAAUACUGAUGCAUAGUCUUUACUUGCACAAAAAAUGCAUAGAAAUCUUACUUUUGUUGUGCAAUUUGGAUAUUUUAGCAUCAGACCAAAUAAAGGAAGAGACCAACAAAAAAAUAUUUUGUUUUUUCGAGCAACUUUUUAGCAACUUUCGUUACAAAAAGCAACUUUUGAUUUUUUUUUUAGAAACAUUUUUAGGAAAUUACGGGAAACAUUUUGGAAAUAUCGAGCAACUUGUGUAAAACCCUAGUAGAGCAGCUUAAUAAAGGAAGUGAUAAGUGGCACAGAUCAGGGAUUUAUCUGUUUUGAAGCAGAGAUAUAUAAUAUUCAUGUUAAAGCAGCAAGACAUUAACUGUCAGUGUAUGCCACAAAUUUACUAGCUGAUGAAACAGUCAGUUUAAAAGGAAUGAGACUGCUUGGAAUGUUACUAUGAUCAGCGUGUUUGAGUUUUAUUUCACACUUACUUGAUCUUUGCCUCAAAAUUCCCAUUCCUUUGUAAUUCUUUGUGCAAGUACAGCAAUUCUGUAUAAUUGUAACAUAAAGAGAAAAUAGAUUGUGUUGAUUCAAUGCUCAUGUUUAAGGUAUAUUCUUGGUUGUCUGUGUUUGGUUUUAAUUGUUCAUAGUUCAUUAAUAAAUAAAUAAAUUAAUUAAUUAAAUAAUAAAUAAUGAAAGCCUCUGUGCAAGAACGUCCCCAUUGAUCAUCCCGUAAUUUUGGAAAGUUACACAUGUACAAAGUUAUGCGAUUUUCUUCAUCCUUUUGUACCACCAGGAAAAUGGACAUUUUUUGCAUGUUUCUGAUUUUUGCCAAACAAGGUGAAAAUCAUUUUUAAAAUGCCCCACAGUAUGUUUCCGUACCGUAAAGAAGCCUCAGGCAAAAAUUUCGAAGUUUCACGCGCAUUCGAAAAUGAACAAAAUAUCAAGGGGACGUUUUUGCACUGAGUCCUUAUUACCGGGAAUCUCCAUGGGAAAAGUUGACUAGGCAGUAAACUCAAUGUGGAGGAGGAUAGCAAUGCAUGUUUGGUUCUUGUCUGCAGGCAAGUCUUGUUGAUCAGGGCAUGUCAAGUGAUGACUCUCAAAGCACCAUUGACAAAGUGACAAAACUGAGUGGCGAUCUUCAUCACAGUGUGGUAAUGGCUAAGCAGUUCUUACACGAGGUACAUGUGACAGAUAAGAGACACCCAAAAUAGCCCAUUUUACAGUUACAGGUUGAAUCGAGGCUGGAGUUGACUUUGGUUUAAUACAAACCUCUCUGCUGUAUUAUAAAUCAUAUUCUUAUGCUUAGUAGUAUUUUAGUAGUAUUUUUUGAGAGAAGAAGGAGGUUUGUAUUUACACAAGCUUAACCUCAGCUUCACGUUCACUCAAAGGCUAGGACACCAAGGCCACAACUGUAACGUGUCCUAUUAUUUGAUUUAUGAAAUAAUUAUCCCCUGAAAUCAGGAGUGCCCAACUUUGUGUGAAUUUCUGCAGGAGAAGAGUGGGUGCACUCGCUUAUUCAAAGAGAAGACGCACAAGGGUAGCUUUAUUUAUAGAGGCUGAUGUCUGGAAGGAUAUAUGGUAACAUGAUACGUUGAUCAGUCGUAUAAUCGUUUAUUAUUACCCAAGUGUUUCGGGCCAAUUUUAAAGACUUUUCAUUACCUUAGACAUUGACUUAAACAUUGCAGUCCGUUGAAGACUAAGGCCUUUACAAAUCACGCCAUUGUCAAUAUUGCCUUAAAGCUGAGAAUGUACAGACCUAGAAUGUAUAAUAUUGUACACAGAUAGCCAAACUUCACAGUGAGCUAAUCAGGGAAGACAUGCCUUAUCAGCUGCCUGGACUGUUAAGUCUGUGCGUUCUGGAUGCAGUGUUAGGAAAAACACAUGUGGCUCUUAAUUCAUUGUUUGGAAACUCGGAUGAUGACCCAGACUUGACGCUUAUUGUGGAGAAUGCCAAUAUCCUCUUACCAGUGCUUAUGGAAUUAAUUCCAUUGUAUCAGAAAUUUGCUGGGUAAGGGAAUAAUUAGCCUGAGAAAACAGUCGACAUUUCUUGAUGCCAUCGAAAUGACGUCUAAGAAACGACUACAGAAAUUCCAUACUGCUGACUUGUCACAACCCAGAUCGGGGUUGCACUUCUGAUUGGUUAAAGUAAUGUUUCUGCGGCAGGAUCGACCAAUCAGAAGCACUACCCAGAUGUGCGUUGUGGUAUAUCGUCGGUAUGGAACUUCUGCGCUUGUUCCUCAGACGUCAUUUCGCAGGGAAACCAGUGUGGCAUCGCUAAAUGUCGACUGUUUUCUCAGGCUAGAGAAUAACGAGAAAUUAUUGAGUGGUUUAUGCCAAUGCAGGAAUUGUACACCCUGGUGGUAUGUGGUCCAUCUACUUGUCACAUAACCCGUUAUUCUGUCCACUGGUGUACAUUCUUUUUACCUUUCAAGCUAUAGAUUGUAAUUCUAAAAUUGAAUGUGCUAAUGAUAAAUUAUAGACUUUAAUAUAAUGAAGUUGUCUAAUAGAUUAGAGUGAGACUGAAAUGUAAAUUAAUGGUAAAUUCAUGCUAAAGAAGGUCAAAAUUGAAUUUGAUGGCAAUACAAGUGCAUGUAACGACAGCAGUUCAUGUAAGCAUUUUCAAAGUCUGAUAGAAAUAUUGUUUUUUGUUAGUUAGGCUCCCUCCUUGCAAGAACUUGUGUAGUCUAAAAUUUGAAACAGGUUCUUAUUUCCUAAAAUCUGUAAAAAUUUUCUGUUCACUUGGGCAAGUAAAAUAGGUCAGCAUUCAGGAUCCUCUUUGGAGAUAUGGGUGCCUUAUCACUCCAACUGCAAUGUAAUGGUAUGCAGGUUUUAUAUAACGAGUAAGCUGAAAACCACCAAUUGAUACUCUUAACUACACUAUGUUUUUUCUUCAGAAAAUAAGAACCUAUUUAAGAACCUAAAUAGCCUAAAUUUGGGCUUAUUACCAAUUAUUUAAGAACCUGUUUAUGCUAACCUGGGCAAAUGCAAGUUCUUACUCGCCGGUUCUUACCGUAUCUGUCAGGUUCUCUUUGCUAUCUGGUGCAGUGAAGCAGAAGAGCAGUGGGUCAGACAGUUCAGAGUCCUUUCAGGCUUACUCCAGUGUUAUCAAAAUUGGUUUCAUGCGACUUCCAAAGCACCCAUGUCUUUCCUUAACAUUCCUAGCAGGUAAUAAUGCCCUCUUGUGGUAAAACGCUAUACGAAGUAAUCGUUGGAAAUAAAUGUUACUGUAAGGUUUAGCAGGGGUGUACAAGCACAUUCACUGAAAGAAUGCCAAUGAACAAAAUUCCAGGAAAUCCCAAAUUUAAUUUGGUGUAUAACACAUGUUAAGCAAACAACAACAACAGAAAACAAAUGGCUCCACACAGUACCUGCCUUGAACAGUGUUUACGCCACAGGCUUUCGUUUAUCUAAAACCACAAAAGUUAGAACUAGAAACUUUGGCAGCACCAACCAGCAUUGGAUAGAAAUUUAAGUAACAAGAUAUGGGAUAUUUUUGGCGGUAUAGCUGAUACAUUUGCUUUAACAUUUCAGGCCUGCCAUCUUCUGUCAAGAAAGCCCUAGAAAAGUGGAACAAUAUUGGGCUUUCAAAUUUUCCGUCAGGUUCCAUGUGGAAAGCAUCGUGUCUAUCUGCAUUUGGAACAGAAGGAUUUUUGGACACCCUUGUGUCAGCUCAUUUGGAUGCUAUGUGUAGUGGUGGUACACUUGAUAUUGCUCCGGCCCUUAGACAUACUCUUCACUCGCUUGUUCAACUUACUGCUGACCUGCUGUCGUAAGUGAAAAUUAAAUUGCAUAAGUCCCAGACCUCUGUAGGAAGCUUAAGCAACAACGACGGCGAAGACUAUACGAAAACGUCACUUAAAAAGUGAAUUCGCGCUGGUUCAAACUUUAUCGCGCUUAUUCCAUCUCGUUUACUUUGUCAAAUGUAUCAAAGUUCAGGAAAAGAAAAAGAAAGUUGUUGUCUUGUGUUCUCGUCCUUGACAAAACGUGAAUUUAGGCACUUUCCGCGUUGUAUAAUAAUAUUUAAUACUUAUAUUGCGCUUUUUCUAUGAAAAUACUCAAAAGCGCAUUACAAUAUUAUUAAUAACUAAAUUAAAAACCAGUAAAAUUACCCGGUAAAAUUACAAUAUUUAAAAAUAAAUAAAUAAAUAAUCUAACUAAAAGCCUUCUUAAAUAAAUAUGUUUUAACAGAGCGUUUAAAAGAGUCGAUUGAUGUUUCCUGUCUUAUUGGCAGAGGAAGACUGUUCCAUAAAAAGGGGGCAGCCAUCGAUAACGCGCGAUCUCCCAAAGUCUUCUUCGUUCUUAGCCGAGGUCUUUCUAGCAAUAUACCAUUAUUGUUACGGCGUAGCUGGUAACGUGAGUCCGGUAAGACAGAGACAAGAUCCUUAAGAUAGCUAGGCGCAACACCGUGAAGAAUCUUAAAUGUAACAAGGAGAAUCUUAAAAUCUACGCGCAAGCGCACUGGUAGCCAGUGGAGUUCUCUUAGCAAAGGAGUAACGUGACAAUACUUAGGUGCGCAGUAAACCAAUCGAGCACUGGCAUUCAUGACUCUUUGAAGUUUCUUAAUUUGAUACUCAGGAGCACCGUACAAUAAACCAUUACAGUAGUCAAGCCUGCUUGUGAUGAACGCGUGAACAAGCCUCUCGGUGGACUCACGAGACAAAUACUUCCUAAUGUGCCGGAUAUUGUACAAAUAAUAAAACGCGCUAGCACAAGUCUUAGACACAUGAGUCGACAUGUCCAGAUGAGAAUCGAACCAGGUGCCCAAAUUGCGCACUGAAGAGGCAGGCGAUACCUCAGCUUGGCCGAUCGUGAUCUUGUCAACGGACACCUUUGAUAACUGUCGUUCCGUGCCAAUGAUCAAGAACUCAGUUUUGUAUAUGCACAACAGCGGCAAAGAAAUGUAUAAAGCAAGCGUGAUGCACGUGGAAAGUUGUUGUUUUGCUAAUCUAAACCUAUCGCUUUUUUGCCGUUCUCGUUGCCGUCACCGCCGUCGUUGCUGAAGCUCCCUAAUAAUUAUUGCGUCUAAGGUUCUGAAGCAUUGAGAUACGUAACGUCCUCUGGUAGCGUGACCAAAAUAUUUGUACUUUUGUCUGUACAGCUACAAGAGACGAAAAAAUCUAUCUUUUGCGCCGUUUUAAAUAGGCUCAUAAUUCUCUGGUGUUUGUAGUAAGCAGACUGCAAUCUAAUGCACAUCAGACAAUUUUCAAGACACAUAAUAUACACCUAAUUGCUGAAACGUUGUCACAGAAAAAUGUUAAAAGGAAAAAAGGCUAGUAAGAAUUAAUUAGCUUACUCUUACUCAUAAACCACUAUAGGCUGCGUUCAUUUGCAGCAGAGGCAUUUUUUUUUUUUUUUGAGGCAUAAAAUAUUGAAAAUGCGACGGCUGUACGCUUGAGUUGCAAAUGAAUUCACCUAGUAGUGGUUUAAUACUGGAAAGCAUAAUUAAUUCCUAUUUGCCUUUUGAAAUUUUUCAUUUUUUCCUUUUAGCAUAUUUCUAUGACUGUUGCAAUUAGGUUUAUAUAUUAUUCCCUUUAUGUUGCAGAUGGAGUCCAAAGGAAGACCAUUCUAUUCAGACCGCCCUUGGCAAACAGCUUUGUGAUACUAUAGUACCUCUUAUUGUGGAUGCAACCACAGAAUAUCUCUCUGAACAGUGCAACACCAUCUUGGAUCGAGUUGUUGGUCCUGCAGACAGUGACAAAUUCGCCAACUGCGUUCAGGCUUAUGUACUGACAAAAUGUCAUCGUCUUCUUGUAGACCAGUCUGUAGCUGACAGGUUUGUUGUUGUUUUUAUUUUUCUUUUAUUACUUUGCCUAAGUUCUGUACUAUUCGUUGCGUUUCAACAUAUUUCUCGUUGGCCUCAGGAUAUAAGCUUUCGUGUAACUUGUAAAACCUACCUUACCAAGUAUUCACGAAGGACGUCCAAGGUGGCUUUGGAAGGGUUAUAUCACAUGGCCGGCUUGGGUCGAAUUUGGAAGAGUUUCUUGACCAAGGAAGCAACACAAAGUUCAGCUUGAAGGGUUACAAAUAUUUAAUAUGUUGAUACUUGCAGCUGAUUUGUGAUAUAAUGUAAUAGGGUUAACAAAAGGAUCUCAACCCCAGUUCAAACGUCGAACUUUUCAGUACUUAUUUGGGUCAACUCAAAUGAGACAAGUUGAUUCAGACGUCGAGCUUAAUUGGGCGGACUCAAUUCAUUUUCACGAUGUACAAUGGUCUAUAAUAUUAACAAUGAAAAUAAGUUAAAGUAAUGUUGCACUAGGUUCGGCACAUGAAAAGUUCGACGUUUGAAACGAAGUCCCUCGAACGUCGGAAUUCCCAUGUGGGCCACUCGAACUUAAUUCUUGGGUCGACCCAAAUUAGAGAUGUUGGACUAAACUGAUUCAAACGUCGAUCUUUUCAUGUACUUGAUUGAAGGGAUUAUGUUCGGUACAGGAAAAGUUUGAUGUUUGAACUAGGCAUCAGAAUACCCGUUAUCAUGCUGAACUAAAAAUGAUAUGUUUUUCUCAGGUCUGAUAUUGGUGAAGAGGUGCUUGUAGACUGCCUGAAGUACAUGGAUUCUCUGUUGGACAAGGUGUCCGAUCACGCUCUUCUUGAUGAAUUGUAUUCGCAAAACAAAGAGCUUUGCAAGAUUAUUGUGCUUUCCGCAAACAAACGAUUCUCCCUGGGAUAUGUCAACAGGACUCUUAAGCUGGCAGUGCGUGUCUUGCAACUUGGUAAGUGUUUACUCAAUAUUAUUGCUACGGUUUUUUAAUAACCACUAAAUUGCUUUUAGAUGUAUGAUAAUAAAACGAUUACAAUUGCUUGAGCCAGGAUCACCCACAGCGUAAACUUAAUGCCGCAACUGUUCCCAGAUGAAAUUUUAGUGUCCUUAUGAUACGGCGACGCCGGUGCAGCGCUCUAAACAGUUAAGCUAACUAGGAGCUGGUCAGUUAAUUGGUUCGUAAAAUACCUUGAAAGGUGAAGAUGAAAUAAUGAAUAUAUGAAUUUCUUAUAUCCUCGUUUUUUGUUUCAGACAUAUUAAAUUCAUUGUUACAGUAAAAAAUGUGUUGCCCAGCCAUUCACAGUCUCUAGAAUACGCGAAAUUGGUCAUUUCAUGUUGUUGAGAACGGCAAAGAAAUUUACAGAAAAGCAUGAGACACGUGCGAAGCUGUUGUUUUGCUUAGUAAACAUAUUGUUGUUGUUGUUAUGUUAUGUUUGUUUGUUUUAUUUUUGUUGUUUUCUUUUCAAUUUUUGGACAUUCCGUUGCCGUCCGAACGGGAACGUCACUUGACGACAGGAAGGCGCGCGGUAAGGACUAAACUCGACUUCCGGUGCCCAAUUUGCCGCUGUGUCAUUGGUCAAGCCAGUUGUUUGAUUUGCGCGCGCCGUCGUCAACUGACAUUCCCGUUCUGUUGCUACUGAAAUCAGCCUAGUUUCGUAAGGCCCCCUCUGGGCUAAGGCAGAGGUAAAAGGGUGAAGUGAUACUGUUCUCAAUGUGUUUUCUUAAUUACCUUUUGCACAGCCGAGAAGCCUCCUAACUCAAGUAUGCGCUCAUUGUGUUCAAGCUUCUCUGAGCUAUGUCAUUUGGACCAUAAAACUCUUGAAGCAUGGCUAAGAAGGAUUAUCCUAGGUGUUGAAGAUGACAAAGGAAACACUGGAAAAAUGGCGGAUAACAGGCUUCUCCUUCAGACAUUCAGCACUCACAUUGUGAAGGAGUCAAGGUAUUGACUAUUAACUGUUCAAAAGAUAAACGUUUGGCUGCUUGUUAAGAGGUGCACAGCUUUACUUAUGGACUUUGGGUGUAAAAAUCAUCGUAUCAACUCAUUCCUGGUUUUCCAGAGAGAAAGGGGCCUAGGAACCUUGGAACCUAGCACAGUGUAAUUAAAACCCGUGCAAUAAUUUGUUUGUUUCGCAGUCCUGUUGGCGAGCAAGUAUCGCAUUCCUUGCUAGAGUGCCUGAUUCCUUUAGGAAACGAGUUGUUGCCUGAUGUUUCCAGUGAGUGGAGUAAUAUUGGAUCAAAGUUUGGUGAUCUGCUGAACACAGCUGCAGUACUAGCUGGUGCUGGGGACGGAUCAGGCCACCUUACACUGUGUACUGCCGUUAUUAAUUGGCUGGAGAAAUGGUAAGUAAAAAGGAUGUGCAGUGUCCACUAUCAGUGGAGGUAUAGUUCAUUUCUGGAACAAGCGCAAGGGCUUAGACGUUCAUCACUUCAAAGUGUUUGCUUCUUUGUAAACUCUAUGCUGUAGUCGAGAAGUUUGCUUUACACCCUUGUUAGGGAUAAAUCCCUAAAUGAAAGUUAACUAUGAAGUGGUUACAUGAGCAACAGAGUGCAAACUGUCAUUUUAUUGCAUUAUUUUUUUAUUUUUUUUAUUUUUAUUUUUUUACUUACCGAUGACCAAGUGCCACACCAGUAAAGAAAUCCGUAAAUCAGCAGCAAACUUUGGAGAUUUAAAAUGACAUAUAUCUCAGCUACCAGCAUUCAAACACAAUGAAAUCAUGUUAUGGUCGACUUAAACACAUGUAAACGUCCCAUUAGGUGAAGAUUUCGGAAACACAAGCCUUAAUUAUUCAUUUUCCUUUCAGCAAAACUCAACUUCUCCUUGUGGAAGCCAAUGGUGAAAAGGGUAAAGAGAGUGGUGUAGUUGACGCAGUAGGACCUCUUCUUCGCUAUAUGGCAGAAGUUAUGACUGCUUUGAAGUACUCUUCAGAGAAAGAGUGUCCACCAUCACCAUCACUCUGUCCCACAGAUGGAGAUUCUUUGCUUCAGGAUGUGGAUUCUGAUUGGAUGGACGACAUAGCUGGAGAUGAGGAUGACUCUGGUGGUGAAGAAUCUGUAAGGGAGAGACAAAAUUAAUGAUAUUCUUCAUUAACUAUUUAACGUGUAAUUAUCGGUCACAAAUGUCCUUGUGUAAACAAUAAGCGCACUAAAUGAGUUGCAGAUGAAGAGUUUGAAAAGGUUUGUGCAUAAGAAGGUUAGCUAGUUAUCUUUUUAGCCUUUCACCCUAGUUACUCGUGAAGCGCAACACCACCACUCAAUGACAAGUGAUCUUCACGUCAAAUAACAUUUCAUGAUGCAAAUCAACAUCUUGAUGAUGAUCAAAUGUUUUAACUAGCUUUAUCCAAGUGCACCAUUGUAAGUGAAUAGUGUGCAAAAACUGAUCAAGACAGAGACUCCAUGCGUCCUUUGUAGACCUAUUCCAUACAUUAAUUUUACUUUAUCAGCCUAACUGAUUACCUGUUUGCUGAUGGCUUUUUUUACAGGAUGAAGAUUCUCUUUGCAACAAGUUGUGCACGUUCACUGUGACACAAAAAGAGUUCAUGAAUCAGCACUGGUACCACUGCCACACUUGUAAGAUGAACGACGGAGUAGGUGUGUGUACAGUAUGUGCUAAGGUUUGCCAUAAAGAUCAUGACAUCACGUACGCGAAGUAUGGCUCAUUCUUUUGUGACUGUGGCGCCAAAGAAGAUGGAAGCUGCGUGGUGAGUGCUCCCCAGUGUUCCUUCUUGGGAUGUAAUCAAAUUCGACAAAUGUUUUUUCCUUUAACCUUGUUAGUUUUUUGCUUAUGCUCGUUUUGCUUGUUGCAGGCCCUAGUCAAACGAACUCCCAGCAGUGGGGCAGAUGGUCAAAAUGCUGUUCCACCAUCGCCAUUUGCCACUGGUGAAAUGGAUGAAGGAAACGAUGACAUAGAAGGUUCCUCAAUUGGAAAAGGGUCAUCAGUGACCACUGGAAUGAGCUCUUCAGCAGCACCUGCAGAAACUGGACUUGGAGGCUCAACUGGUGCUGCAACCAGUGGAAGUGGACUUCAGGAAUCCGGAGCUCUAACUUCCAAAUCAGUCAAAGCCUUAUCUAAGCAGCUUGAGGUUGGGUUAUUUUUAUGAUUUAUUGUGAAAAUGUUGUCUUCAGUCUCAAAAGUAUUUUUCCCCAAAACCAGAAGCAAUCCAAAUUUAAACUUGGUUGAUAAUGAUGGUCAACUGUAUUCUUGGCUUUACUGCUUUUGUAUCGAACUGCAACGUACAAAAAAUCAAUUCUAAAUCUCUCAUUGGCUUUGCAAAAAUUUAACGUAUAAAGAAAAGGAAGCCGAUGGCAGAGGUGGUAACAAUAGUGCUAACACGAUGACCAUGUUCGUUAAAUGUUGUACCUUAAAAAAAAAAAGAGUUGCAAAACGGUGCACUAUCUUACAUGUCAGAAUCUAUCUUUUCCAGAAACACAGGCUGUCUUUAGUAACGCAGUUAGAGAACUCUUCAGUUGUAAACACUACUCUGGACCUUCUUCAGUGGCUUAUGGGACCUAACACUGGAGGUUCCAGUAGUGUUGGAGUUGGUGUAUCAAAAGCCAUCAAAACUGCUCUAACUGAACUUCACACAAGCGACAAAACUGUGGAAAACACUGAUCAACUCAUGGUGAGUUUUGUGCUUUCAUGCUUCGACUGUUUCAUUGUCAUUGUUUUGUUGAAUGAAUCCGAACAGCUGCUGCCGUGAAGGUAAAAAUGUAACGAACGAGUGGCGAGAACGAAAGCCAAAAUGCUUUAUAAGGCACUAAACGACCUGCUACAUUUUUGAAAGGUUUCUGAAAUUCUUAUUUAGCACAGUCCAUUCGAAUAACACCAAAAACUGCACUAGAGCCUUGAUUUUACCUGGAGUUAAAACAGUUAUACAGACUGCCCUCGUUUAGGUUUAAUGCAAAGACUAUGGAACCGACAACCUGUAGAGUUGAAAGACUGCUGUUCAUUGCAGGCCUUUGAUAACAGAAUCAGACGAGUCAUUUAUCUAAGAAAAAAAUCAGUAUAAUAGUUCAUUUCUAUAAUCUGAGAAUUAUUUUGAAUGAGAGAACCCUAUUGUUAUCAUGUCCCUAAAAACGAAGAGCCAUGAAUAUUCUCCUGGUGACAGCAGAGUAUGAGAAGGCUUAUCUUUUUUAUCGUAUUUUAGGUUCCAACACUAGGAUCUCAGGAGGGAGCUUUUGAAAAUGUGCGAAUGACAUUCAGUGGAGAACAAGGACAAACCAUCCGGCAGCUUAUUGGUGCUCAUGUCCUGCGGCGUGUUGCCAUGUGUUGUUUAGCGUCACCAAAGGGACGCAGGCAACAUCUUGCUGUUAGUCAUGAAAAGGGAAAGGUGUGUGUUUGCUAUAUACAAUAAUUUUACCCGAGAAAAUGAGUAUGGAAAAUAAAAAGACAAAGUUAAGCCGAUAGGAGUUAGUGGCAUCCUGACAACCUCCCAAUUCUUACGUUGGCUCACUGCCUUCUAACAGAAUCCUUAUCCUUCUUUAAAAUACAGCUGUAUUAAUUGGAUUUUUUUCGAAGGAACUCUACAUAACGAUAUAACAUAAUUAUUUUAAACAAACCUAUGUCCGUUAUGAAGCACUAGAAUGUACUGGAAUGUACAAGGCGCAUUACAUAAGCCUAAUGGCAAUUUCCGGAGCUGCCAAAGCCUUUUCCCUAAUAGAACACGCUGUUUCACGCAACCAUCCUCCCGUUGAAAUAAAUGACAACUUAAAGUAGAUCUGCUGGCAAGUUAUGUCAAUAGGCCUGCAGUCGAUAUCCUCACAAAAUCUAGUUUACGUAAUUUCCUUUCACACGAGGAUAGUAGCUAACAUUGUUUUUAUUACAUGGACUCUCUUAGAUUACAGUACUACAGCUAUCAGCGCUCCUGAAGCAAGCAGACUCUAGCAAGAGGAAGCUGACCCUCACUCGCCUUGCCACAGCUCAGGUUCCCUUCACAGUACUGUCCAUCUCGGGAAACUCGUGUAAUGAGGACUUCUUGGCUGUAUGUGGUUUGAAGGAUUGUCAUGUGCUGACUUUCAGCAGUUCAGGGUCUGUGGUAGAUCAUCUAGCUCUUCAUCCUCAAUUAGAAACUGGCAAUUUCGUCAUCAAAGCUGUGUGGCUUCCUGGAUCACAGACACAGAUGGCCUUAGUUACUGCGGACUUCGUCAAGGUAUGUUUUGUUGUUGUUGUUUGUGAAUUGGUAAACUAAAAUCUUUCUCCUUUUGACUUUCCAUGGGCAAAUGUAAAAACUAAAAAGGUUUGAGAAAAAAAGACGUGACCUCUUUACCUCUCUCACUUAAAGGGUCAAUUAGUGGAGAAAUAUCAUGUUGGUCUAAUGUCCGACUCUAUGAACGAAAUAUUAUUGUGUGACCAGUCAAAUGCAACUUCUUAGGUGGUACAUUCACAUGGCACUACUUGUUUUUCAGUGUAUUGCAAAAUGUUAUUUGAGACUGACUGAAAUCUUUUACUUUAAGCUUUCCGCGGAGUUAGAGGUUAAAAAAUUUGUUGGAAGAACUAACAUUAUAAGCUUUUUUCCUUGUUUGGUCUAUAGUGACUGUAGCGGUAGUUUUGUUAGGCACGCAAGGUGGCCUUUCAUAAACAUAAGCUGGAUAGAUUUAAAAUGAUAGAGAGCUUAAGCAAAGGCGUUUUGGAGCCAUGCACGUCAACCGGAAUUGAGGUCUUUUCCAUUUUAACAUGGCUUGACGCUACAAAAUUUAAAUUGCUUAUGUCAACUUCCGGUCUACGUGCAUCGCUCAAAAGCGCCUUUGCUUAAGUUCCCUAAUAAUAUCAGGUAGGGUCAGAAAACAUUUUUUUCUCUUUUAAGUAAAAGAACAGCAGCUUUAGGUAGUAUCAAAGGCUGAUUCAAAAUCCCUUGUUCCAUAAAUAAACAAGUUCUCUUGCAUUUUCUUUGUAGAUCUAUGAUCUUUCUCAGGACGCGCUGAGUCCUUUGUAUUACUUCCUUCUUCCAAGUGGCAAGAUCAGAGAUGUGAGUUUCAUUUUCAAUGAUGGUGAUCAUAGUCUUAUUUUGAUGUCGUCGGGUGGACAGUUGUAUCUGCAACCGAUGGAUGUUACUAGCAGUGCAGUUAACGGACCUUUUUACCUCACUAAUGUGGUUCCCAUUGAGCACGCUGACCUGCAAGACUCCAAUGGACAAAUUGCUGGAGGAGGAGUAUCUGUAUACUACUCACACAUCCUUCAAUUGCUCUUCUUUAGUUACAGUCAAGGUAAUUAUCUGAAAAGAAAAGAUCGCAAUUUUUAACGUCAGUUUUUCACCGAAAACUGUUAACUUUCCUAGCGUAUUCAGAGGGAAAAGAGCCGAAGCCAAAGGCGCAUCGCUAACAGUGGUUAAUAAGUGCCUCAUACAGGAUGCAAAGAAAGUCAGUUUUACAGCCUGCCAUUUAGGCAAGCUGUAGCUAGCGUGUACUAGCCCACAAGUCGUUUCAACUAGCCCCAACAAUCCUUCUGUAAUUUGAAUUUCCCCCAAAACAGCACUUGCCCGUCGGACGAGUCAAGAACAAAAAUCACUAGCCCAAUAGCAAAAUCUACUAGCCCUGAGCUAUCGGACACAACUUUCUUUGCACGUUGCUCAUUCCUCGCGAAGCGAGGGGCGGAGCGCCAAGCGAAGUGAGUUUAUAAUCUCGUCGUGCGCGAAGCGCGCGCACAGUGUGUGAACCGCGCGUGGGUCCUAGCGAGCUGCAAAGUCGCAGUUUUCAUCUUUACUUGUAUAUAUCCGAUGGUGUCCGCGAUGACGUCAUACAGUAGUUGACGUCACGGCGCAUUUUUGUUUCUGGGCAACUGGGCAACAUUCGACUGAAAGCAAUUUCAAAUUUCCCAUCAAUGACCAAAGCACUCAUGAAGAGCUGUAUUUUCGUCGUCUGCAAAACAAUGUUUACUAUCGGUGAAUCUCAAGCCAUUUCUCAUGCAAACAGAACAGCAAACACAAGAACGCCGAAUUGUCAAUCCUCGCAGGGGAAGAUUUGACACCGAAAAAUCCUCUGGAGCGAAGAACGCCGACUUGAAAUUCAACGGCGCAAGCAACAAAGAUGGAUGGAGAUGGUAGCAACAAACAGCGGAGCAGAGAGAACACCACUAAAUGAAUUUCAAAUGCUAAAGUUCUUUAAGAGCAAAUGGAAGCGAUUUUGGAUAAUUAGCCUUAUAAACAUAUGAGCGAACAUCGCGGUAACAAAACACGUUUUGCUCGCAGACGAGUUUGUACCGUAUCGUCCUAGACUGUUGGGCUUCCAUUCUCUACAUGUAAAUGCGAUGAAAUGCAUUUACGUUGGGUUUUCACUGUCCAAACUGCAGUCAUUCUUCUGAAAAAUAUCUUUGAACUCAUGUUUAAUUAGGCUGGAAGGUUUUAAUAAUAAAAAUUCCGAAAUCCUACGUGUGUGUUCCACGUUGUCUAGUGGUAAAGCUUUCGCUCGUUGCACCGAAGGGUCUGAGUUCGAAUCUGGACAGUACUUUUUCUCUUCGGUUCUUUUCUUUUGUUUUCUUCUUUUUUUUCUUUUUCUUUUCAUGUAGUUUUCAUUUUAGGUACAACAGUUUUGUUAUGUUUCUGUAUAUAGCUCACAAUUUUGAUUGACAAAUUUUCUUCCCUGCUUCACUUGCCGUUCCCCCCAAGUCCUUCGCGAGGUCCUGCGAUUUACGUAUUUCUAGUAAUAAUAAGAAUCCAACAAUGUCAACAGGCUAAAUUCCUUGCUUUCCUUUGUCAGGUAAAACAUUUGUGGCUCCUUGGAGUAAAGACCAAAAAGAGGUGACGAAGAUCUUUCCAGUGACGUUCAAGAGCAGUUCAGGUGGCAAUAAGAACUCUCAAGCAGCGGCUUUGUGCCAGUGGAGUGAGGUACCACAGCACCCUGGCCUGGUCUGUUGUCUUACACAUAGUGGUGGUGUUCCUGUGGUGCUCAUGAUCAAGCCACAUCAAAUACAGGUACUGUUUAUAGCUGAGUCAACCACGGUUGCUUUGGGCAUUGGGAAUUGCGCACUUGUUAGCUAUUGUUUGGUGUUCACUCAAGCAAAUCAUUGGAAUGAGUUUCUUAUGCCAAAUGCCAAUUCAGUUGUAUUCUGUAGGCGUUGCGAUAACAGAUUAGGAAAGCCUUUUUUUUUUCAAAGCUAUCGCGAGUUAAAAUAUUUUUCAACAUCUCUACCUCAGUGUCCACGUCAAUUAUCUAGACUAAAAUUUGAUUAUCAAUAAGGUACUAUAAAAGAGUAAGUGCCGCAAAAGAACGACGUUUCAACCGUUUUUCGUUCACUGUCAAGUUGAACGUCUUAAUGAAGGUUUGGCUGACGUACAGUUGCAAAGGAAAGCAAUGUAAUAAACAGUAAAUAGAAUUAAAACGCCGUGGGGCCAGUAGUUUAAGAAUGCGGUUAAAAGAUAGAAAACGAUAACUUGCGUUAAACAAAUAAAAUUUUCAUAAAAAAGCACUUUGUUUGAGUGUUUACACAAUGUAUUUAGCACGAAAUAACCAAUUGGGGACAAUGUUUUUUUAUGUCCCGUAUUGGAGACAGGACCGCCAUUUUACUUGGUCAUCCGAGCCACGCGAAAGUCUAGACGUUAGUACCUCCAUUUCUCAGUUAUUUUAAGAACCGGAGUAUUGGUCCGGCCCCGGGAAUCGAACCCAUGCCCCUCCCGCUCUGCUCUGGAGUCAAGCUAAUCCUGCCACACACAUAUGGGUUGCUCCUUCCAGCUAUUUCAUAAGUUGAUGUUCCCUGUAAUACUUUGAAAGGUUCAAGAAAUCAAAGCAACGUCAUCCAAAGCAAAAACGCAAGACAUGGUUGCAAUCAGGCAUUCAGUGAGCACUUCUGAUCAACAACGAACUACUGUGAUUCUUCUCUGUGAAGAUGGUAGCCUGCGAAUCUACAUGGCAAGUGCAGAACACACUGGCUACUGGAUGGCUCCUGAGUUUCAGCCUGCCAGGUUAGUGUGAUGUAUACUGACCUCAACUCUGACAGUGAGGAAAAAAAAAAUCAGUUUCGGUUGAUAACGUGGAGGUGUGGAAAAAUUUCCGUCCGGUCGUCCGGGGCAAGAAGAUUUUCUUUUCAGGCAAGUAACUUUUUUAAAACCUCACUGGCCCAAUGGACAAGAGUUCAAGCAAGUCAUUCUGUUACUAAAUCAUUUACUACGACUCGCAUGCAAUGACCCAGGGCUAGAAAGACGUGCGAGCUACCUGUCCAAAAGACUACCUGAAAUACUAGUUUUUUAGGCGUGACAAGUUCCUACUAAACGGGUGCAUUGUUUGCCUGCGUUGCGUAAAUCUUUAUCGAUUGAUAUUUAUUGCCAUUUACAGGCCGCUGAGUAUAGUGAAGCCAGUUCGUAAGAAGAAAGCGACCAAAACCAGGGUGAAGUCUACCACCGUCAAUUUCCCUGUUGAUUUCUUUGAGCAUUGCCAGCCGCUAAAUGAAGUCGAGUUUGGGGGUGGAGAUAUUUUACAAGUGUAUAAUGUGCAGCAAGUUAAGCAUAGGCUUAUGACAGCUGGAAUGUACAUUGCAAGCACAAAGGUAUGCUUUUUUUUUAGUUUUUAAUUGCGUACUACUAUCCCCUUCUUGGUGCCUUCCUUUUCUGGGGCUGCCUGUGGCAAAGCCUAAUUGGAAAAUGGCCUUUGUUAUCUGUGCAGCAAAAAGAGAAAAUGGUGGACGGAUAAAAUCGCCCGUCCCUCCCUGGAGCCUGAUCUGUUACUCUAAUUCUCGGAAUAGAGUAACUAUAAACAUUAGACCGCUGCAAUUGUCCACAAUUAGCUCUUAGGUAAAUACCUUGACACUUUAAUAAAGUUUAUGUAUGUAUGUAGGCAGCCCAAUACACGCCUUAGGUAGGCGUCUCGUUCAUCUGUCACUCAGUUCACUCAGUGUAAGGUCUAGAGCGUUUUCUCACCACGUCACGUUCGCCAUAGUGGUGUCCCAAAGCAAUGAAUUUGCGGUCUUUUAAGGGUCCCAAACCAGUCCUGUGGGUGUUUAACUUUGCUGUUUUGUUCCAAUAUUUUUGCAUAGCUACUGUUCAUACUAUCGGUAUCGUUAUUUGUCUUGCACGGCAGUAAUUGAUACAAGCAAUGUGAAAAAAAGAAUCGUUUUGGAAAGUUAGGGUUACCACAUUACAUAGUUACUCAAACAAAAAUAAUAUAAAAUCGUCUAAACGGCGACGACAACGAAAACGGUAAAAAAAACAACUUUGCACGUGCAGCACACUUUUUUUGUACAUUUCUUUGCCGUUGUUUUGCACGACUACAACGUGAAACUUCCAGAGACCUCUUAGAAAGUAUAUUUUGAGUAUAUCCCUGUCCUACAUGGAUACUAUACACUGUAUAUUAUACUGUAGUAUUGUAGUGUUAUAGUACUGUGUACUGUGAGAGUGACUUGCAUUUGGUGAUUUUUUUUUUUCAGCCAAAUGGUUUUAAUAUUGAAAUAACCAACACUAAUCCCAGUGUUGUAAUGGUUGGAGUAAGGAUCCUGGUUGGUUGUCAAUCUGUGGAAAAGGCACCAUCCUUUGUGGAGAUUUUUGGCCGAGUAAUUCAAUUAACGCUGACAAGAAAUAGAUGGUUUGACCUUCCUUUUACAAGAGAAGAGUCUCUAACUGCAGACAAGAAAUUCUCCUUGUUUAGUAAGUAUUUUCAUAAGUUUGUUGCUCUUGCAGAGGUUUACUAUAAAGGUAGCGCGGGAAAUGUUAGAUCUAAAGGUGGCGGAAAUGAGAACUGGGAACAAGAGACAACAUUCGGGGUCUUAGAAUAACUGGCGUGAAAGUGCUGCUUUUGGAAUGAAAUCUGCAAAGUGUUAGACUUUCUAGUCUUUCCAGACAAGGACUUUAAACUGUAGGCCCAGUCUCACAGCCCUAUUACAUAUAAACAUUUCUGUGGCACAUUAGAUAACCCGAACACUGUUCGUAAAUAGUAGGUGACGUAGUCGACGUGUGGUGGUCUUAUCUCAAAUUCACAUUCACAUUAAGGGGUAUUCAUAACUCAUUACCUCAGGAACUAUAAACCGUGCCACAAGCAGUCUAAUAAAGUAUCCCACCCAGUGUUGAAAACUAUCCCUGAAAAGCCCUUGGGGGAUGGAUAAUACGAUAUUUACUAUUGUAACAAUUGACAUGAAAUCUUCUUAUCUCACUUAUUGAUUUUUCUGUACACUGUUUAGUUGGUCAGUCUUUAGACACAUCAGGAGUGACAAUGCUGGAUUCAGUGAAGGUUUACACUAAGACAAAAGAGGCAUUUGGUUGGCCAGAUGAUCCCCAAGAAGAGAUACCCUCUACUCCAGGAACUCUAGGAACAGCUGCCACGUUAGACACUGAGACAGAGAUCAUCAACUCUGUCCCUCCCAUGACAGCUGUUGACAAGUACGAGCACUGAUUUGUAUUAAAUGGGUUCCUGUAUUCCAUAUUAACUGGUACUUUUUGCUACGAAUGUGAUGUAGAUAUGCUGUAAAUUUAUGCGCCUUCUUUAUUGGGGAUGACCGCGGAACGGGAGGCGGUAGAGGAAAGGCAGGAGGGGAGUUCUAAAAGGGCGGAAAGCAGGAAAAAUAAAUGGAAAUUACGUAACAAUGCUUAAUAUUCCACAAUCGAAAAAGGGAUAAAGGGAGCUGGGAAUGCCACGUACGACAGGCGGAAGGUUUGGACCCCCGUCCCUCCUUGUUUAGGUUGUGUUAGGUGACCUGCAAGAGGUUAUGGUAACCAGACCAAGUCCAAGUCACUUUCUGUGCAGUCUAUCAUCUCUCACCAUUUAAUUCGUUUGCUUGUUUGCCUGAUCUUGUCCACAUUUUUACCUCGUUUUUACCCUUUUCCUGAACAGAUUGGUUGUCCAUCUACUGGAGGUCGUGGACGGUUGUUUCUCCACAUUUGUCUCGCAAGAAGAGAUGCCCAGACAGUCGGCUCUUGAUGCUGCUACCUCACUUAUGACCAGUGCCAUGCCCUCUGUUGUUCAACACCAAGCCCAAGCCUUACUAGCUACCUUACAUCCAUCGAAAAUGUCCUACCAUAGCCACAAGGUAUGCAGACUAACUUGAUACUGAAUUAGCCGUACAGUAUGUUUUCAGGACACCAACAGUGGUAACUACUGUUAUAAUAUAACAGUAGUUACCACUGUUGGUAACUGUCCAAUAUUACCAAUAUUAUUGGUAAUGUCACGAGGGUGGGCAAAGUAGAAGAAGUGAAGGAUCAUGUAACAGCUGAAAGCCAAUUGGAUUGCUACCCAAACCGGAAAACAUUGAUAAAAAAUGAAUUACCAUAAGAACGAAUCAGGAAAGACCUUAUGACCAGCUCCUACAUUACCGGAAGUGAAGUGAUUGUGUCCGUGAAACAGUCCCAUAAUGCAAUUGCACAUUACCAACCAAGUGUCACGCGCAACCUUAAAAUGACCAAUUCGCGUCCUGCAUUCGGCAUAAGUGAACUUUUACAAUACUUAGGAUGGCGGAGAAAAAAGACGUCAAAACCUAGUGUGACAAACGUGGCAAUAAUUAUGUUUGGAAAAAUUUUACGUCCAACUUCACCAUUCCUCAAUCAAAACUUUGUAUAAAACCAGAGCACAGUAAUGUUAAGUGAAGAUCGUGUCAAAACACCCAAGAAAUAGCCCUGUCCCGUUUGCCACACAAAAACUUCUAGUCGGUCUCUUCUUUCGCCGUCCUUUAGCGUAAACUGGUUCCCGCCUUAAUCUUUUAAGCACCUCUUUGCAGCAGUACAGAACGCUCUACCGGAAUUGUAAUCCCCAGAGCUCAACAUACUCUUUCCUUUCGUUUUUGAUACGAAUAACGAGCAUUUUUCGUAUCAGAGUAUUCGACAAAACUAUUAAAUCGCGUCUAACGUAUGAGCAUUAACAACUGCGCUCAAACCGCUGACAACUGUGAUUUCUUCUUUCUCAGGACCAAGCACAGCUUUCUCAAGUAGUAAACUUUCUUUGUAAAAUGGAGGAAAGCUCCUGCCAAGAGAGGGAAACGGAGCCAGAGGAAAAAGAGAAAGAGAAGGAAAAGGAGCCAGAGGAAAAAGAGAAAGAGAAGGAAAAGGAGCCAGAGGAAAAAGAGAAAGAAGACAAGCAGGAGAAAUCCGAAGUUGAAGAAAUGUCGGCAAACAUAAACGGACUUGAUGUUGAAAGUUUCCAAAGGCUUGUUGUGAGUGCACGAUCAGUGGCUAUUACAAGGCCCAGUAAUCUGGCAAAGUACACCACUCUACCACAACAGACAACGGCAGAAGGUAGGUCAAUCGGCUGAGAACCUGUACCUUUAAUAUUGUAAUAACUCUAUUCUGCAGUUUGUAAUUUUUAGUUUACAAGGGCAAGUUCUUCCUGCCGGUGGCAAAAGCAUCUCUGCCAUCAUUUAUCUUAUCAUGGACCUACCACCAUAAUUCAUGAAGGAAGGAAGCUUUAGUUAAUUCGCACGUUGCAAAAUGCUUUCUUAAUUUGGUGAAAGGUGAUCGUCCGGGUGAAUGUUGACAGUGACUGACGUUUCGACAACCUGUGUAGUAAUCAACUUCAGGUAUCUGUUGAUGGUAUUAAUCUAUGUUUAUGACCUGGAUUGGUCGAUUAAGUUGCGAUGUUGUUGGCUUUAAAGACUCUAAAUGUCAUUGGUGCGUUUCGAUCCGUGCGUUGUCACAGUUUAACGGUCGUUUAUUGUUAGUCAGAUUAUCAAUUGUCCAGUCAUUCGAUCGUUAUCAUUUUUCAUAAGUCGCUGCUAUCAUUCACUUAAUGCCAUUUUUUCUCUUUUAUUUUUACCAGAUACGGAAGAGAGUCGUCAUUUUGCUGUGUGCCUAAUGAAUGCCUUCUGGAAUCUACACAGUUGCCAGCCUGUAAAUCCAGUUUUGUCACCUUUGUCUUCUGUUGGUAAGGAUCUGUUGUGAGCUAUCAGAUUGCUAUGAACUAUCACAAUACCAUUGAAUAAAAGCAGACAGUCAGUACUUGUAAACUUUUGUAAUUCCUACUGCCAUUAUUUUCACUGCUGCGCGCUACCUCCGAAACCAGCACCACUUGGAAAAGAUUUAUAUCAAUAAAACGGCGCAAAUACGCCUUUAAACUACGCUCUUUGCAUCGUUUUCGCGCUUUGUCACGUCUUUCCAAGUGGUUUUAGUCUUGAAGGUUGCGUAGUAGUAAUAAUAAUGUUAACCUAAAAUUUUGGCCCAUAACCUAAAAAUUUAUUUAAAUUGAAAGUACACAUUACUACGAGAACUUCUGCGAAACAGUUUGUCGACUUGUAUGAACACAACGUGAUUUUUGUCAGAAUUUUUUGGAGCGUUCGCUUACUGUGACUGUUGUUUCAAGAUCGAAAAAAAGGGCGUUGCACCACUGAUUAACUGAUUCUGUUGGGCAUUUUAUCCUUUUCAGGUUUUCAACACACAGAGUCAACAGUAACAGCAUUAGUAGAUAUUAUUCACGCCUUCGCAAUAGCAGAUCCCUCCAAGGUUCGCCUUGCUGUGAACCAGUAUGUGAAAAUGCUACUUUGUGAGGUAAGUGGGCGGUGUAUGUUAUGUUCCUCUCUCUAUAACACCUUCGAAAACCUAAGUACUGGCGUUUAGCGCUGAGAGAUAUGCGAUCGUUUGACCACCAUAUUGAGCUGUGAUUGGUUAGGGGCAGUCUUUGGAACCCAUCGACCAAUCAUAACAAACAUUGGGAUACAGACGAUCCCAGACAUUAUAGUAUCGAAAGCAGGAUCUCCGGUUCCCCUAGGGAAUCCGGAAUCCGGAAUCCGAUAGAUUUUUUAUUGUGAAGUCCGGAAUCCCGGGCUUUGGAAUCGAGAAUACAGCUCAAGAAAUCUUUAAUCCCGCUAACGACUGGAAUCAGGAAUCCAAGUUCCGCUGACAACUAAUCUGGAGUCCAGUGCCUGAAAUCCGGAAUCUACCACGUGGAAUCCAGAAUCCAAGACUGUGUUGGAUUCCCUUAGACUGUCUUGGAUUCCCUUAAAAAGGUCAUAAAGAGUAUAUUCGCUGGCAGUUGGUGAGAAACAAUGCCUCUGAAUUUGCGCUUUAAUUUGUUUUGACAGGACCAGUCUGUUAGUUUUGCAUGCAAACAAGCGCUUAUGCGUCUGAUACACAAACACUGGCAUGGUAUCGGUAGUCCACCACCACAAGAUGGAGUUGGAGGAGAUGAUGAUGAUGGUGAAGACGACGAUGGUGAGCAGGAUAGAGCAGAUAGAACACCUCCAGAGGAGCCCAGUGGAACAGACGGUGAAGGAACGCAAGCAGGCGAGCAGCCAGAUGUUGAAGCACAAGAGGUAAGGAUAGUUUAAAAACUCAAACUCAGCGAAGAAUUUUCUUACCAGCGUACAUAUAUAUCCACCACAUAUAUCAUGUGGCCUCGAGUUGAAAACGUAGAAUACUUGCAGGAACAUGUAUGUAAUAUGUAAUUUCUAGACUCUUAGAAUGGGAAUAUUCCCGUGACGUAAUUCUCAGUAACUUUGGAGGGAAAUGAAAAACGGUUUGCGAACGUCUGUUAAACUGGUUUGAACGAGAUUCCAAUAAAUAACAAACAUGAACAGUUAGCCGAGAAACGACGCUUAUAAACCCCUGGUUGACUCCCAAAACACACUUUGCAAAACACACUGGCCACAGUUAAUGGAUGUAAUGUCGUCAUUACUAAUGUCAUCUCCGCCAAUCAGCAUUUCGCAUCGACUUUUUCGAUGCAGAGAUUCAAAUUCCAGAUACUUAGUUGCAAGCUCUCCUUCCUUUCCCGCCCCGCCUCCAGAGCGCCCCGGAGAGCUUGCUCGCAGGUUAUAUCACUACGCACUCCUUAUUGAACUGUUUGUGCUUACUUGCAUCAAACUAGGCAGCACCGCAAGAACCCUCUCAGGAACCUAGCCAGCCUGCAGUAGGAGUACCAUCAAUAGCAAGUGCCGCCAGUCAUCUUGAGGCAUUGCUGCUUGGUGCUGGUGGUUUACCAGGCAUGUUAGAUCUGCCUGCCGAUGCAGAUGAUGAAGCCAUGAUGGAGCUUGCCAUUGCCCUGAGUCUUCAGGAACAAGCCAGUGCUCAGGGGCUCAGUCUUCAAGGACUGCCAUUGCCUGGAUUGCAAUCACAGGGACUUGCCGUCGAAGCAAGUGUGUCGUUGGAUAAUGCUUCAGGUAUGGGGUUUUAUGUAUGUAGUAGCAAUAAUGUUCUAGAGAAGAUCCCCCAAUCGUUUCCCUUCGGCAAAAUUUCGCAAUCUUUAGUUUAACCGGUCACGUCGUUCAGUCUAAAGGCUUCUUUUCUAACCACUUAAUAUAGAAAGUACUCCCCUCAGGUCGUUUCAAGGACUAUUUACAACACUGGAUGAUUUGACAGUUCAAUAGUACAUGGAGCCCAUCAAAGUUACAAAAAUUAAAGAAAAUAUGUAAAAAAUUCAAAGAACUUAGUGUUUCAAUGUUAGGUGUUGGGUAGAAGCUAAUUAAUUCAAUUUUGUUGUUGUAGGACCAGGGAGUGAGGAUGAAUAUGAUGUCCCUCCUUGUAGUGCCCAAGGCUCCUCGGCAGGACACAGUGCCCCCAGGUCUCCUCUGCCACCUGAUAGUGGGCAUGGGGUGGCUGAAUUUGAGAGUGGAAGCAGUGUGGACUCCAUUGCUGCUGAGCCAGCAUCCAGUAUUGAAACUGUUAUUGUUGACGGCGUUCAGGCAGGUUAGCAUGAUAACACACUGUAGCAUACUCUGUAACAUCACGUUUUUAACAUCAAGAUAAACAAACAAAGUUGUUUUUUCUCAGCAGUGCCGAAUGCGGUUGCUUUUGGUCUUUUCACAGUUGGAAUUAGCUUAUUUGUCCAAUGUGGACGUUUUAAAUAAAUGACUUAAUCAACUGUUGCUGCAAAGGCUGGUUUUGCAAUUUUCGGCUCAAAAAAUUCUGUGCGGCAGUCCGGUACGAGUGGAUUUUCGUGGUGGUCAAUUAAAUUUUAAAGCUUUUGCACCCAAUGGCGAAGGGUGCAGGCGAGUCAUCGUGUUACUGAACAGUAUUUAAGACGACCAAGCAAUGGCUGCAGGCAACCGAAAUGCGAGAGCUGGGUAAUUCCAAGUUUAUUUCAAGCCCUGUGUGGUCGAUGAUACUGAAGUCAGUCGUAACUCAGCGAUUUUGUCACCAUGGUUGCUGGAUUAUUUUUUGAUAUUCGUUGCCAUUAUCUACGAGGAACAUGGCUUCUUGGUAUUCCCAUACCUUGCUUUCAUGAACGAUAGAACUUUCAGCCCCGAGCAAUAAAAAAAUUGAUAGUAAUACCAGUGUUUCAGUUUUUUAUUUCUGAUUUGAUAAAACAGGUGUCAUUAUCUUGGUAACAAGUGACUGACUGCCCAACAUAUUCAGUGUUUUCAAGUUUGUUAUUCUUUCUUUUAUAUUGUUAGGUACCGCGGAGAGUAAGCUCGGGAGCGGAGGUAAUAGGGAUGAAGAUCCGGGAGGCGGGCCACAUCAGGCCACAAAGGAAACCUUGAUGGAUCAGGAAAAGUUGCACUCAUUGAGGCUUCUGCUACUGGAUGAACUGUUGCUUCACCUGCCUCAGCUGAAGGACGUGGGUGGUGUGCAGGCAAUACCCUUCAUGCAGGUAUGCGGCGACACGUGUUUAAUUCAGACCGGUAGUUAAAUCAGGGUUGAAACAGUGUCAAUAAAACGGUGUUGUAAACCUUGGCCAAAUCCGGUAUCUAAAGGCUGUUUACUCUAGCUCGAGGCUUGUAGUGUAGUCUAGAAAAAGAAUUGCAUACUUGAAAUAAGCCAGUCAGAAACAGAUAUGGUGGUCCACUGAUUUUAGAGAAGCUUGACUCUGCUUGUAAUCAAGAGCGGAGUCUGUCUGUUUUGCAUUGUGUGAAAUCUAAUUGCAGUUGUUUUGAACAUGAUAGGAAAUAAAAGAGUUGCUUCAACACAGAUGGAUAUAAAACAACGUUUUAACUAAAAAGCCUUAUUCGCCUCAUUGUUGGUUGAUAACGUGCAUUCCUCUGCUUUUCCGCUAAAGAUCAGUCUGAAGUAAAAUGCCGUUAGAGAAAUCACUAUUUUCCACUUCACAUGUUUUGGGCGUAUCACCAGCAAGAAAAAUUAAAUGGUGCUACUAUAAAAUGAAGGAAACCCGUUCUUAGGAAGCUGCGCUGCAUAUGCAUUGUCAUGGAGUAGCAAUCAACCCUAUCACAGUAUCGACUCAAUAGACUGCUAUAUAACUAGUCGUUGAUCUGUAGCGUUGUUGGUUUGGAAAUUCUCUUGAGCCUCUUAGAUAACGAAAUAUAUUGAUGUGUGUUUAGGUGAUGCUCAUGUUGACAUCUGACCUGGAGGAUAAUGAAAGAGACAAGGUUGCUCUGAAUAAAGUGCUGUCCACAUGCUUGAAGGAAUUGACCCUCGAACAGAUGGUAAAUGUGUUAAAUGUCUGUUAGAUUGAGAAGAAAUACAGGCGGCUUUGUAAACUAUCUUGUUUGAAAUUAGGGUUAUUACCGGAUACCUUCAGGGGUGUCCAACCAAUUGUUGUUUUAUUUUUAUUGAAUGUAUAUGUAUGCAUUGCGAGGCUGACAUAAGAUAAUUGUUGGUCUUUUCAAAGGAUAUAAAGCAGGUUUCAUCCCGCACAAAGCAGCACGAAGUAUGGUUGAUUAUUAUGAGGUUGUUAAGUGUUCUGAUGUCAAGAACAAAGUCCCCUUAUAAGACUGCUUCAGAGGUAAUGAUGUGAUUCAUUAAUCGGGCCUUUACGUGAGUUUUUUUAUUUCACUCUAUGAUUUUUUGUUUGUUUGUUUGUUUCAAAACGUUAGGAUGUUAGCACUUUCUCCGUCUGUCUAAUAAUGAGGCCCUGUUUCAGUGGGAGAUGGAUUUUGUUCGCACAAAACCUUAUUUCCCGUUAAAAUAGAAACCAAGACACUUUUUAAAGUAAAAAUUACAUAUAUGGUACAUAAGUAGUUAUGUCAACAGACUUGCAAAAUUGUUGUUGUUUUUGUUGUGGUAGUGUUUUUUUCCCCUUUCUUUUAUGACUGUGUUUUUUGAGGGCCAUCUUCGGUUGGCACAGUGGUAGUGAUUAUGCUAUUGUGUUUGGCGACUUUCUUCUCAAUUCCUUGAAUUUUAGGGUGUUGGUACAUGUAAAUGAUUUGUACCUUAGGUAGGUUAUUUCUAAACUUACUUAGUAGCAAACUGACUCGUGUUGUUUUACAGUCGUCUUCGUUAGUAUGUAGACAAACAGCAGCCACAUUGUGCGAUGUUGGCAUCACAUCCAACUGUCUGGGAAUUCUCAAAACUCUUUUGGAGCACUGGAGAGAGGUGGCCAGCCACGAAGAAGUAAGGCUUUCUGACUAAGUAGUUAAUGAUAUGCAUUCUCUGAGUAAAUAGAAACUGGAUUAUUUGCUUUGUUAAAUGUUAUAAAGGUGAAAAGGUAAAGGCGCACACCAGCCAAAGGCCCACACGGCCGGAGCUUAUCCCGGUUUCUUUAACGUAAAGCAUGCCUAGGAGUAUUGCUACUCCCUCUGGAUAGGAUGCUAGUCCAUCGCAGGGUUAUCCCCCAGCAGUAUGUCGCCGGUACCCAUUUAUACCCCUGGGUGAAGAGAGACAAAGUGGAUAAAUGUUCCAAGUCUAAUGAUCCAAAGUGACGAGCGAGGCUUGAACCGCGGACCUCCAGAUCCCAAGAAGUUAAAUAUGUGUUAAAUGUUAUGGUGAAGAAAAUGUAGGACAGUUUGAGUUUGAGGGAAGUUAUCUCGCCACGGUUGUUGGUUCCCUCUUGGUUAAAGUCUCACACUGGUGAAAAUUGUUUUAAUUAAUACCUACAGGAGGAGGCAUCAGGUAUUGGUGGAUCAUUACUCAAACCCCAGCCGUCAAGUCCCCCACCAGACAUGUCACCAUUCUUCCUUAGACAGUAUGUCAAGGUAGGUGCAAGCAUAGUUAAUAAAUUGCUACGGUUUUGAAGCCCGUCAGACCUCUUUCUUAGAUGUUUUCGUUCUGCGAUGUUAGAAAGAGGCGUUGUAGCUUGAUUUUUUUGUCAUUCCAGUACGUGAACAAGUUUGAGACCUGAUAUAGUGCUUUGUAACUGGUUAUUUAAUAUGAAACUCUUCUUAUUUAGGGCCAUGCAGGAGAUGUGUUUGAAGCUUAUCCACAGUUGUUAACAGAAAUGGCGUUGAGGCUCCCAUACCAGGUUGAAAUAUUUUUGCCAUCUUUAAUUCGCCCCCUUUUCAGACCACCGUUUUAACGACUGCUUACAUGUAGUUUGAUGGUACACUAGGCCAAGGCUGUAACGUUAAAGUUUUGUUAGCAUAAACCAGAUAAGAGAAUUACAUCUUUUCUGUAGAUGAGGUUAUAGGCCUUCACUCAAAAACCCCAGCCCUUGUUUUCUUGCCGGCUUUACAGUUACUAUUUAUCUCAACAAGGACGACAGUGUAAAGCAAGUGUUUCAUGUUAGGGGGGGGGAAAGACAUCAGAAAUCACAAACGUCUACAAUAGGGCCAUUUAUAUGAGGAAAAAUAAGACGUGUCUACAACGCGAACAGCUCGUAUAAAUGGUUCGCGUCUUAUUUCUGUUCUUGACUUUUAACGCAUUACUAUGCGUUCGCGUCUUAAAGGUCAUUUAUACAGUAAAGACGCGUCUUAUCUAAGAACAGGUAUUUCUAAAAUAAGACGCGUCUUAUUAUUUUAGACGAAAUCGUUUAUACGGAAAGUUCGCGUCUUAUUUAAGACGCGAACUAUGUAAGACGCGUCUUAUUUUUCCUCGUGUAAAUGGCCCUAAUGUGACUUUUUAGUUACGUUAAGAAUUCAGUAAAGCUGGUAUUUACGCUGGUGUAUAAUUCGUUUGUGUUACUAUAUUAAGAGAUAUUGAGCGCGUAAAAUAUACUAUUUGUAGGUAAAGAAAGUCGCCGAUUCUCUUCAUCUUGAGAAUUCUCCAGAGUUUGGUGAAGAAUGGUACCAAUUCUUAUGCGAGGUAUGUUCUACAUGAUUACAUUUCACUUCGGUCAGUGUACAGAGGAAUCUAUGUUGUCUUAUUAAAACAAAAACAUGCUGUCAAACAGAUGAAGUGGGAUAUUCACCUGCUUUUUCAAACGAUUUUUUUCUGAGGGCACACAGUUUCUUAAAUAGUGAACCAGUUGCAUGUUUUGUUUUUCGAACAAUCCUUUAACAGGCGGAUUAUUUUAAACUUUUUCUGAAAUAAGAGGAAGUUUCCUCAGCUUUGAACGUCUAUAUUUUUUUGCAUUUCAGUAUCUUUUAAUCCAGCAAACGCCAUUUGUCCGACGACAAGUCAGAAAGGUAUUGCUUUCUCUUUUGUUCUGCUGUAAACUGUAUUGUUCUGUGUGAACAUCGACUUACAGUAAUGUUGUUUGUUUGAUUGUUUGUUUUGGCAUGAUGAUGAUGUUGUUUGUUUGUCUGUUUUCUUUUUUAUUUUCAUCUAGGGCUUUCUUCUAAACUAUCCUUGUCUCUAUAACUGAUUUGACCAAUUUCGAGAUUUUCCUACUUUUUUGCUCUUUUGUAAUAUUUCAUAGUUUCGUUGACCUCGCUCGAAUGCUCCUCUUAGGCCUUCCAAGAACCUGCUAAACAGUGCUUUUCCGCGAGCUUUGCAAAUUACGUGGCUUAGUAGUGUUUUCCUUAGUACAUAAAACACACGCGAGUUUUAUCUCGUUGUCCCUUCAUUAUCCAUUUCACGCUGAGAUAAAAUAUCGUUGAAAAAAUAGCAAAAUCUGCGAUUUCGCGCAAUAUUUUUAGUUUUCUUGAAAGCCUCCAUCGAACUUUACGUCCUUUUUUUCUUCCUCUACAAGUCAUUGAAUUUUUGCAGUUUUUGUAGUUGUUGACUUAAUGUUUUUUUCUUCUUCCUUUUCUUUCCUGUUCUUAUCUAGCUGUUACUUUUCCUAUGUGGAUCAAAAGAGAGCUAUCGCCGACUGCGAGACCUUCAUGCUCUCAAGUCUCACAUGAAGGCGGUCAGGUAAACAGUACACUUAGUUAAUUACAGUAAAAAACCUGCGUCUAAGAACCUCCUCCGUUUUUUGCGUAUUCAAGUACCCUGAGCAAAACAAAAGGCUAACCCCACGUUCUUUACUAUUUUCUAUCUAAGAACCUACUUUUUUUAACUCUGGUAAAAUAAGUUCUUGUAUUUUGCGGUACUUAUUGGUGGCAAUUUAGGCGAAGUCGGCUCCUAAUUAGGUUCUUAAUUUCCCUAACAAAACAGAUUACAGAAUUUACAUAACAGUUUGGUACCAUAUGUUCUUGUUAUUCUUAAAUUUACAAUAUCAAAGUUACAUUCCUUGGUUAAAUUGUUUAUCAUAAUUUAACUGUAACCCACAUAUAAGAACCGGCUUGAUCUUGUUUGGCUAAACAGCUUCUUGUAUAUUUGGGUAUUAAAGUGGCAAUGUUGUGCGAGGUCACUCUCUGAUAACCUAUCAUGGCCUACUGUAAAACAAAGUUGGCUGAACCCGAAGACUGUGUGCAUUCAGUUUACAUCUGAUGGGUACGGUGUUGCCCUUUGUCAUUUCCUAUAGAUGUAGUGGGGAUAACUUGCAAAAAUAUAAAGCAAAUUCCUUUUAUUUGAUCAUGUCGUAUUGUUCAUGUAUAUUUUUUCGUUUCAUUUUCUCAUUGAUAUGCCAAUGAGAAAUUGGAUGGUUAUAGCUGUAAUUGACAAAUUUUUAUGUGGUCGUUUUAAAUGUCUGUUGAGAGGCUUGCCAAAAGAAGCAAGGCUUGCCUGUCAAUGUGAAGUUAACGAGUUUACGUAUACUUUUUCAGGGAACUUAGUGAACAAGGUGGAUUCAGUUAUGAGGUUUCCAAAUUUACACCAAUCAGUCUUCCAUAUGAUACUCUUAUUACUUUGGUAGGUACCGCUGUUAGAUACUGGGUUUUAAUUACUAGAUAAGUUAUAAACUCUUAAACGUAUUCAUGAUACGGGUGCCAAUGACAUAGUUAAGUAAGUGUUGUGAGGCCCACUCUGAUCUGAAUUCUUCAGUCUUGACAAAUGAGUGUACGUGACUACAUUUUGUGGCUUGGACGGGCGCUAAAUGCAUAGACAUUUUUAGGCACCAAUUAAGUAUUGUUUCUGGGGAAUUUUCUUGAUUGCAUUUGGCGCAACAUUAAAAUGACAGGAGCAUUUGGAAACAACAGUUCUCGCAACAUUGGUGGGGGGAGGGGGUGGUUGCAAACAGAGUGUAUUUUGGGGGAUUCAAAAACUGACAAUGCUGCACAAGCAAUACACAUAAUCCGAAUCAUGUGAUGCAAGUUUUAAAAAUACAAUAGUAAUUACAUUUAAGAUAAUUAUUUUGCUUUGGUUCCAGAUUGAACACCUCAAAGCAUGUUCGGAAGUGGCAUCAAGUCGUAUAAGCAACUGGCAAGCAUUCUGUCUUCAGGAAAAAGGUACACACCCCUUCUGAUCAUUAAUGAACUUAUGCAAUAAGACAGCAGAGGAAGAAGACGGCAAACCUUGCGUGACAAGUGUGACAAUAACGUUUGGAAAACUGUAUCGCCAAACUUGACCCUCCUUUAAAGAGAACUUUUCGUAAAAGCACGGAACACGUUAAUGAUAAGUGAAGAUUACGAUAAAACACGCUAUCAAUAGUCCGGUCGCGUUUCUCUCACUCAAACGUUUUGCCGUUGUCCUCUUUCUACCGUCCUGUUGCGUAAGCUCAGUAUUAUAAAAACGCCAACGGCUCUAACAGUUUUAUGUUUCGUGCGUUGUUGAAAUCUAUACGUCACACUUCACUGUAUUGAAGCUGGUAAUGUUUACUGCAGACACGUUGCCAUUCCUGUUGAGGAGCAGCUACUUGUUUGAGGAGGGUGUCACGCCACUGAUGUUACAGCUUCUGGGUUAUGCCAUCUGUGAAAUGAAGUCACAGCCAUCUUCCUCACCACAGAAGAGCAGUAAGAAAGACAAGGACAAGGAGAAAGACAAGUCAAAGAGUAAAGACAAGGACAAGGAUAAAGAUAAAGACAAAGAUAAAGACAAAACAGCAGGUAAGAUGGAAAGUUUUGAGGUAUUUUCGUGGCUAAAAUGUCACUGCACAACCGAAGAGGUGUGGCUUUCACGUAAAAACUCUGCGGAAUGCAAAUAUGUGGGUUCGCUGCUAGCGGAGACCUCUUUUCAGGGAAAUAUGUGGGUUGUUAUUUUUUGUUGUUGUUGUUUUAAAGGUCGUGUUGGCCCUGGCUAGCGCUGUAGCUGUGUAACUUGUUCUGAGUCCAACAAUGACUUCCGCGCAGGUUGUCAAAAUGUCAGUCACUGUCAACAACAGUCCGAUUCGGGACUGAGUACUGUACUCACUCGGAUAAUCAUAUUCAAUCUACUCUUGACAUAAUUGCUGAGCUCAAUUAACAUUAUACUUGUAACUUGUUCGGUCAUUUUAAUUAGAGUUUGUGAAAAUUAAGGACGGAGUAAAGUUGUAUUGACUAUGUCUCAUUUUUCUUACAGGCUCGACUGACAGUGGAAGAAGCGAAGGUAAUUUAGUUGCUAUUGCUUUGUAUUGCUGCAUUCCCACUCUUGAUUUGGAUGUUUUGCCAUGAACAUGGCGACAUGAUGUUACCUAGCUAACAGUGCUGCUCGUUACUGCUUCUUACCGAUCUGUUAUGAGGAUGAUGAUAAACUUUAUUUGAGUGUCAGGUCUUCUAACUGGCCAUGUAAGGUCUACUAAUAGGGGACACUAAUAUAGCUAAUGUAUUAAUCAGCUCUUAUGCUGUCUGAUACAUGUAACUAACGCUGUGCGAUUGCUUGGUUAAGAAAAGGACAUUCUGCUUAUUAAAAACAUGCAGAUUUACCCUCUUUUUAAGAAGCCAGCAUUAAUAACGAUUGAUGAGAGUUGCCUUGUUUUUUCUCUUGUUCAUAGCAGCUGCUCAAAGCCUGGUACAGUUGUUAACCGAAGCUGUCGAUGAAGACGUGAUGAGUCAGUUUGUCCAGAAUUUCCUUUUGGAAUCAAACUCCACCGCUGUGAGAUGGCAGGCACAUGAGCUGCUCUACAGCAUCUACAAGUAUGUUUAUCACCUGUUUAAAUUUUUGAAUUAAGAAUUGUAAAAAAAUGUUAAUAUACUUGUAUUCUGGGACAAUACAAACAACAAUAAACAACAACACUUUAUUCCGUUUUUAAAAAGGACAAUAUAUAACUGCAGUUAGCAUACCGUAAAAUUCCUUAAAUAAGCCGCGGGGCUUAUAUUUUUCAAAGGCCCUUUUUGAGGGGCUUAUAUUCGGAGGGGCUUAUCUACGGGGAGAAAUUUGCGUUUCAAAAUCGAUUGGGCUAGCCUUACAGUUGGAAGGAAUUUUUAUCGUUUUUGCUUUCUUUUACUUUGUAUUUGAGGGCAAUUUCCAAGUACAAGCCCCCGGGAGGCUUAUAUUUGGAGGGGCGAUUUAACGGAGGGUUUUUUGCGUUACGAGUUUGAGGGGCUUAUCUUUGGAGGGGCUUAUUUCCGGAAUUUUACGGUAGCUAAUCGAAGUGGGCUGUCAAGAAUUAUAAAAAAAACAUCAAAGAAAAUGAGCCGUCAAAACCAGGGCAGAUUUCGAAAAUGAGCGGAUGGUGGGGCGGGGCGGGGUUUGUUUCCUCCUUUUCCCCGCUUAGCGAAUGUCCUGCCAUGUGAGUUUCAUGUUCUUGUUCAGUAAGGAGGAUUGGUUGCCAAUCUGCUGGCUCUCUUGUGGCGGUGCAGGUCCAAGAUAGUGUAAAGCAGCUCAUAAUUUAUUGUUUUUGUUUGUUUAUAUGUAGAUAUUCAAACAACAGUCAGCAGGUGAAGCUAUCAAGUAUGAUGUGGAAAAUCUGGCCAUGUUUACCGGACUAUGGACGGCGAGCUGCCCAGUUUGUUGAUCUUUUGGGUUAUUUCACGAUCAAGUGUGAAUCAAAUACUGAUGAGGUACUAACAAGUGUUUUGUGAAUUAAUUUGGUAUUAAAUUGAAGUGCUUGGGGCCAAGCGUCUCCAAUACAACCCUUGUACUGGGGUGAACAUACUGAUAACUUAUAAUGAAUGACCACCGCACUGUUUGUCGAAAAGUGAGUUACUGUCAACUACAGUCCUAUUCAGGACUAAGUUCACCCGGACGAUCAUACUCUACCUACUUAUGAAAUGACUUCUGGGUUCAAACCGUUUACAAUUUAUAAUGAGACAAGUGUACAGAACGUAAAAUGUGCGACUUUGUAGUACCUGUGAUGAACUCGCAGUUUUCAAGGUCCGGAAAAAUUUUCUACUGCGCUUUAACAAAAUUGGAACAAAAACUCCAAAAUUUCUGCCCCUUCAUCCUUGUAGCAAGGAGAGGAGGAAGCAAAGAGAACGAAUAGAAGCAUCUUGAUGCUGAAAGAUUUUCUUGGACCUUCUCGAUUACAUUCAUUGUUGUCUCCUUAGUGAAAUUUUAAAACUCUUAUAGAACGAUUUAGCUGGUGAAUGUAGUUUGAAAAUGCCGUAAUUAUUUUUUGGAGUCCAUCUUAACUUUGGCAUAUCUGCAGUUGCAGGAUUACUGUGUGAAAGCAGUUCAAGUUCUAACGAAGCAGAAUAACGUUCUUUCUAAUCAUCCGAACUCCAAUGUAUACAGGUGAGAGACUGGUGUCUUACGGACUACCCUUUUUUGCAGAAACGGUAGUAUAGAAUUGCGAUAUUUAUGAGACUUGCAAGUCAAUCUGUGACGAAGAUAGCACGGCGAAAAUUCACACCAUUGCGCUCUGUGUUUUGUAGGAUGUUGUCAGGAUUUGUAGAGUUUGAUGGCUAUUACCUGGAGAGUGAUCCUUGCCUUGUGUGUAACAACCCGGAAGUUCCAUUCCAGGUGAUAUUUUUUUUUAUAACUAAUGCAUAUACAAUACAGAUGAGGAACCAUGCUUGCUCAAUGCGCCAUUACUUUUCUUGUUAUCGCUUUAUUUCAUUCUUUCUAAUUUACUGGCUUGAUGUUAUUAUCAAUAGCUUGGUCAAAAUAAUGCUUUGAAAGCCCAGGGUUUUCGUCCAAUGUUGUGUUUGAUCGCAUGGACGAGCCUAAGGUAUUUCAGAAUUUUUUGCAAAUACUCAUCCGGCCAUUGAUCUUUUGUAGAGCCUGAAGCUGUCUAAUAUCAAAGGAGACUCUCGUUUCACCACCACAUGUCAGCUUGUAAAACUGAUCGGAAGUCACACAAUCUCACGAGUGACACUAAGGAUUGCAGAUCUUAAACGGCAGAAAAUGGUAGGUUAUCAUUAAAAUAUUACAGCAAAUUCUUGUGAUAACUCAAACAGAAAUGCCUCUUUUUAGGCUGUUACUAUAUUUGUAGAGAUGAUUCUACAAGCUUUUCUCUUAUUGUCAGGUCCGAACCAUUAACUUGUACUACAACAAUCGCACGGUGCAAGCAGUUGUGGAACUUAAAAACAAGUGAGUUCAUCAUGUAGGCAGAUUGUUUAAAUUUCUCUAUCUGAAUAUCAGAAGCUUUCUAGAAGGCAACCUUUGUGUGUUGAUUUUAGUUUAAUUUGGUAGAAAGUGGUUGAAAAUUGAGUUGUUUUACAGGAGGUCGCUGUGGCACAAAGCAAAGAAAUGUCAUCUUACUCCUGGCCAAACGGAGCUUAAGGUUUGGAAUCGCAGAGUAUCUUAUGUGACAUUUUGUCUGGAAUGCAGACCUUUGCGUUGUGGGUAAAUCUCUUCUUUUCUUUUUGCAGGUCGACUUUCCUCUGCCAAUAGUUGCCUGUAACCUGAUGAUCGAAUAUGCCGAUUUCUAUGAGAACUUUCAGGUGAGAUUUUUUACAAUGUGCCUCAGAAAGUGUUGUGCAACUAUUUAGCAGCUCGAUUGGCGCAUCUUUGCCAGAAUUCGCCCAAGUAUUUUGAUUUUCUUUCGGCGAAAUUGGUUGAGUUGUUGGGAAAAAAUAGAAUUGUGGAGGCGCAACAAAUUUAAGUACUUUCCCGCCAAGAAUCAAUUGGGCGAGAAAAAAGUUCGCAUAACAGACAAGGUUUCAGUGAUUCUCCGUGGCAUACGAGCCAGUUGGCGCGCAUAUGUACCCUUAAACGCCAUUCCUGUCUAAAACAGGGAGUAAUCAGCACCUACUUUACUACUGUACGACUUGGGCAAGCCUGUCGAUGUUUACUGUGGGUUUUGCUUCCUGUAUUGUAGGCUUCAUCUGAAACUCUGCAGUGUCCCCGCUGUAGUGCGUCUGUUAAUGCUAAUCCUGGAGUUUGUAGCAACUGUGGAGAGAACGUUUAUCAGUGUCACAAGUGCAGGUUUGUUUAUCUCCAGGGUCGGAUUACUCUCGCUAUUUUUGAUACCAUUUCUCUCCCUUGUCAAAUACUGUUUCUGACAGGCAAUGUUUCAUCUGAUAUCAAAAGAACGAGAUGUGGGUUGACGCACAGCCAAUUACUCGAGAUGUCUAAUGACGAAACACUUAAAGAGCAUUUGAUGUAGCUUUUCAUGUGAAAAACAUUUUUUUAAGAAAUUCAUGGCUUACGUCGGCAAAACGUUUGGUAGUUUAAUAUUCGAUUUUCAACCCUUCUUUACGGUGAUGAUUGUCUUUGUUUCCUCUUUCUAAAUAAUUAUUUAAUUUGAGGAUGCAACUUUCCUAGCAACUCUAAACAUUAGGUCAAUUGUUGUGUAAUACUGGUCAUUACAAUUUAUUCUCAAUCUGCAUUGACAAAUCCUCUAAAUAGCCGCUAAAUUGUGCUCGUGAGUUUCCAUCGCGAUUUUGAGUGUGACAAGAAAUGCGUUGGAUGGUGGUAAAAUACAGCUAAAAUUGCAUUUGUAAACCAAUAGUGCAGUAACUUUCGACAGUUAAAGGGGUAAAGUCUUUCAGUAUGUCACCGUUGAAAGGUGAAUGGCAAAUGUAGAUGUGUUUGGGUCCAUUCUUUAGCCGAUGUUAGUUUGAAGCAAGAUGCAUGGUUUGUUCUUCAUAGGUCCAUAAACUAUGACGAGAGAGAUCCAUUCCUGUGCAAUGCCUGCGGUUUUUGCAAAUAUGCUAAGUUUGACUACACACUGACAGCCAGACCAUGCUGUGCCGUGGACCCGAUUGAAAAUGAAGAGGAUCGUAAGAAGGUAUGAACAAAGCAGGUGUUUGGUUUGAGUUUGCAAGCAUUAAAGGAGACUUUAUUUAGGAUCAACCCUGACUUUCUUCCCAUAGUGAUUGCUGUAAAGAGAAAUAAAAAGUAAGUCAUUUGCUGGGUACCGUGGAUUUGUGUAAAUGUGUACGAUAACGGUUUAUAAGGUGUUGCUUUUGUUCUAAAAGAAUGAAGAAACUUCGCCUUUUGGUGGAGGUUGAUAAACCAAAGCUCUUUGCUUUACUCUGCAUGUGUAUUUUGCCAUUCGAGUUCUGAAUCGGGUUCGAGCUCUGAGUUUUGACAACCGAAUUGUCCUGCACCACAUUUUCUUGUUGCACAAGAGCUUCUCGCUUUUGCUGUGUUUGUUUCGUUAGGUAACAGAAGUGUGAUCCGUCAUUUUUUUUUUUUAGGCUGUUGGCAACAUCAACGCCUUGUUGGAGCGAGCAGACAGAGUGUAUCGUCAGCUCGUUUCCCACAGGCAGCCAUUAGAUCUUCUACUAAACAGAUUACUGGAGCAUGGACAACAAGAACCAUUGCAGGUGAACACAUACUACGCCAAACACAAUCAUUCACUGCAUUUGAAUUUUGGCGGAAACUUUGAAAUACUUCUGUAACGGUUUUUAUUGACUGCUAGUAUAAUGGAGUAACCCCCUAUUGUUAACGUUCUUUCGGAAGGAAUACUUGCGUUACUUUUGUCACUUGAGAAAACUAAUAGCUAUCAUUGUAGGACCUUAUUCUGCCAAAUGCAGUGGUGAAUAAAGCAUUAGUAACUGCAGUCUGUUAUUAGGCAAAACGUUUCUUAAAUCUGUCCAUUAAAUAACUGUUAAUCUCAUGGGAAGUGACGCAUUUGGUUUUUGAAUCAUAUGUAUGGUGAUUUACAGUUGGAUGUUAAAACUGAUCACUUAUUACUUGCAUGACAGGAGGGCAUUUCUGGCACAACCCAAACAAUGGCGGCUGUAGUUUCAGGCUCUGGUACAACAGGCAGCAGCGCUUCUGCUAACACUGGCGUCAACAAGGCGAUCCAAGCUUUGGCUCAUCGAUACUGCGUUGAAUGUAAAGGAACAUUUGAUGAGCUCAGCAAGAUUACGCAGGUCCAUAUACUGUUGUAACAAUUGCCAUCCAUUGAAUUAAACCCUCCCAGUCUAAAUAAGGGGCAAGGUCAAUGUUGAAUUAAUGUAUCAAACACGACACGCAGUGUUUUAUCCGAUAUUCAGACACCGAGAAGUGGAUUAAAAACGGGGCGUAUCAGAUGUUUUUAAGACCGACUUCGAGGUGUCUUGAUAUUGCUAGAAACGCUGAGUGGAGUGUUUGAUACACCUUCUAAAAUAAACCAUAAUUCGUGAAGAAAUUCAUUGGUGAAGUUCGUAAUAUUUUAUGGCAAUUAAGAUGCAAUAUCCAAACUCCGAUGCACUAGUGAUUUCCUUUGUUUUCUAUUCAGUAGUUAAAAUAAGUUUGAGAAGAAGAUUUCCAAUUUUCAUUUUGAAACACCACAAAGAAUCCAGCUAAGGAUUUACAGACUUCGCACUGGACUGUUCGCAGCUACUGACAGAGUAAUUCAAGGACUGUAACGUUAAUUGUUUAUUUUCAUUUGCAUCAUCCUUCAGAAAGUACUGGCUUCUAGGAAGGAGUUACUGGAGUAUGACUGCCGUGAGAGUAAAGGUCCGCUUGAGACUGCGGCCGGUACUGGAUCCCUGCUGCUGUCAGCUGGCGUGAACAGUCGAAAGGGGAAUUGCUAUGGCUGUGCAUCGGCUGCAAUUGAACACUGUGUCACACUUCUGCGGGCAUUAGCUAUGGUGCCAGGAACUCGCAAACAACUGGUGGAAGAGGUCAGACUUCUUGUUUAAAAUUUUUAGCUUACAGUGACUCCUUCUGAGUAGCUCAUGUCAACAAGGUCCUUAAUGGGGAGUUCGAAAACUCCCUACUUCCUCCUACACGCGUGUAUUGUUGAGUAUGAUGUGGAACCGCCUUUUUCAUAUCCCUCAAACCCCUUGAUUGUUUCUCUUAGUGGUGGUUCCGUAUGAUAAGGUUUUUUUUUUUUUUUCCAACAGGGACUGAUACAAGCAUUGGUAGAGUUUAACUUACACGAAGGUACGCCACAGAUGAGAAGUGAUGUACGGCAUCUGCUGUGUUUGUUGACUAAGGACAAUGAACAUGCUACAGUUCAACUCAAUGAAAUCCUGAUCGGAGCAGUUGCUGAGGCCGUCAACAGUCACAAAUCCAACCCAGCAGUCGUGAGUAAAACUUCUCUCUUUGUUUAGCAUACCGUACAGCGUUCGUUUGUUAACAAGUGCGAACUUAGUUUGAACUCAAGCGAAUCAUAUUAAUGAAUUUCUUUAACUUCUCUUUCGUCAUUUUGUGGUUAGGUUUCAGGAAUCAGUCGUGAAAUGUUACUUCUGAGCAAUGCGGUCGAGAUGGAAGACUCUUGUUGGGAAACGCGUCUGAGAUGUGGUAAGUUUUUUGCUUCCCUUUCAGUUCCUCAUUAAGAUAUUUCUUGAGUCCCUUUUUGCUCGCAACUAAUCUUUGACUUUCAAAGAAAACGUACUAGGUAGUUUACCUAUUGCACGUAGUGUAUUCACGGUGUAUUAUUAUAAAUAAGAACGUGCACUAAAGAGUUUUGUAACAGUUGGAGCCAAUGAAUGAACUAAAGAAAGACCGAUAACUUUUACACGGGAGAUGUAUACAAACGUAAUCUUAUCUCAGUAACCUUAUUGUCUGUUGUUACAGUGAUGACACUUUUCAUGAUGUCUGUUGAAGUACGGAGUCCGCUGAUCAUGGAGACUAUCACGGUUCCUUGUUUAAAGAUCUUGUUGCGACUUGUCAAGCCACCUGCACCCAGCAGUAAAGCCAAUAAGGUAGGGUAUAUCUGAAGUUAUACUGUUUCCAUGCAUCAUGCUGUCAGCUGUGUAACCUCCCUAAAUGUGCAGAUGUUUUUUGAAAUCUAUUAAAUUGUUUAAGGGUAUUAUUUUAUGUGAAAACAAACUUUCCUCUGGUUCCUCGCGCUUCUUCUGCUGCUUCAAAGAACAGGAAAGUGCUUUUUUGUUGUUCUUGUUUUGUUUUUUUGUGUGUGUCUGUGUGUGUUUGUGUGUGUUAAAAUUACUGCCACCGAUUCCAUUUAAAUAUCACGAGGUAGUUCCUGUUAUUAUACUCAUAUUUCUCGUCACAGAUGUCUUUUCCUUCAAAUCCGGAAUAAAUUUAUUGAAUUCAAAGGAGAUUGCGGCAAAUAAUUCGAUACCUGAGGAAAAUGAAAUGUUUAUUGCGUCACGAGCGUGGCACAAAAAAAAGAUAUGAGUCGCAACGGGAAUUGAACCCAAGAAACUCUGGAUCAUUAUACUUUUCUGGGAAACUGCCUACCUUCCCCUCCCCUAAGCCAACAUUUUGCCCUGAGUGGUAAAGAAGUGUUAAUGUUGGCUUAGGGGAGGGGUAGAUGGGCAGUUUCCCAGACUCGUAGCCUUUUGGGCUGUUUACAAACACAAUAAUCUCUUUAUGCUGCUAAGAUCAACAAUGGGGAGCGUAUAUAUUGAUCAUUCGUUAUUUUUCUCAAAGGAUAAGGACUGUAAGUCAUUGAGUUCAGUGCAGGGCUACAGCGAAGUACGUAUCAAUGCCAAGCAGUGGAUGGACGGUGAUUUGAGCCACACCUAUUCUCAGUGGAAAGCAACAGCGCCCAAAAAGUCCGCUGAAGCUAAGUCGGUGACUGGAGAGAGUCGCGCUGAAGCUCGUAAGCGGCAUCUGAUGGAGAAGUAUGGCCGCAAGUGGAGAGAAAGGACCAAGAGGACAGAAUCAACAGGAGAGAAAGAAGGAGAACUGGCUGAGGAGGAAUGGCUGAGGCAGGUGCUGUUUACUCCAUCAAACAGAGCAGCUCGUCAGAUGGCCUGCAGCAUGAUAGAGUCACUGUGUCAGGUAUUUAUGCUAAAACAGGUUUCUGUGCACCUGUGAAUGAUUUAGCCCAGUAGCUGAUAUUACAAAAUUAUUAAUGUGCAGUGGUACCGUAAGAAACCUUCAAGUUUAUUCCUUUUAAUGAAGAGUAUUAGGGUUAUAAAGUUCAGUGGCAGAUGCCCCUUCUGUUCCGUGACACCUUUGGACCGCAUCUUAUACGUCAUAUUUUGCCAGAUUUUUGAAUAAGUCAUUUCCAGUAACGUAAAGUCGAGAAUUGAAGCUCUUUAACUCUUGUCUCAAGGCUAACACAUCAGCUGUAAUUAGUCUACUCAAUAACAAUUGCAUUGCCUCUGCCACUUGUUUUGCAAAAUUGCGAUGAAACUACUGGCCCUUUCAUGUCAGUUUGAGAGUAGUUGGUAUUGGUACUUCAGAUUUGUUUUUUCUUUGGUCGUAUUCAGAUACCCAGUCGACAACAGAACAUGCUUGAUCUGCUCACUAGGUAUGUACAUGAACUGACGAAUUUUUUAAUAUCGUAACAAUUUUAUCCAUAGACAUCGUAGUAUGGCGUAACAUAAUGUAACCAUUUUAACAGGGUCAUCCGUCAAGCCGAUGCUUAAAUGCUGAGGCUGUAUUCUUUGAAGGCAACAUAAGCGUUUGUAAAACUUAGUUGAAAAAGUAAUCGUUAUGUCUGGAAUUACGUGAAGCGUCCAAAGGGUUUUGAUAGCAGUGUAAUUUCUAUUUUUAUUUUUUACCACAGCUAUUUGGAGGAAGUGCGUCGUGCAGGAGAAAAUGCGGCAGAGUUCUUCCAGUUGUACCAGAGGCUUAUUCAGCCGACUUACUGGAAGUUUUACUUGGCACUUCAGGGAGCAUUGAUGCAGAUUGGACAACUGUUAACCAAGGUACAGUGCUUGAAAUGCGUUGUCAGAACGGGCGCAAGGAAUCCUUGAACUCGUUGCUAUGGAUGCACUUUACGUUUCUCCCCUUGAUUCCUGUGUAAGCGUGCUAUCGCCCUAACGGUGCGGCACACACUUGGCUAAGUUUUGCAGUGUACUGAUGCUGCGUCAUGUUAAGUAGUUAUCGGGUUAUUACUGUUAAUGAAGCGUUUCAAUCUGUUCAUUUUAAUUAAUUGAAAAAGAUCGCAUGGACGGCACAGACGAUGCAUCACCUCAAAAAAUAAGCCCAGUUUUGGCUCUGGACUUCUCUCGGAGUUUGCGGCUCAUGUAGUAACUUUCUUUAUUUUGCAGGAAAUAGAGCACUUGACCCAUUUAGAGCAGUACACACUCAGCUCUGAUCUGUCCCAGGGAUAUGCCUUGAAAAUGCUGGCUGGUAAGUGAAACAAACUAAACAAAUUAAACCCAGCUCAGUUCUCCGUGUUUCAAGGCAGCUAAAUCAAUCGUUACAAGGUAGAAACAUUUUUGUGCAUCUCUUUCUCUGGCCAUAUUUGUAACGUCUAUUGCUUGAACUUGCUCAUUGUUUCUUUUUCUUUUAACAGAACUGAUGUCCUCUUUCUUGGAGCAUGAAGCAAUCAAACAGAAGUUCAAGGGAAAACUUGUGGCUACAGUGCUAAAUGGUUACUUGUCUUUGCGAAGGUGAUUAAAGUCUGUUUAUUCAUUUCAAGACCCCAACUGUAAUAACCGUAAGGUUCUAUGUUUCUGUCUGUCUGUCUGCCCUCAUUUUCGAUUUAUACUGACUUUGAUUAUGUGAAUUUGUCAUUAUAGAUUGGUAGUUCAGCGGACUAAACUGAUUGACGAGACCCAGGAGAUUCUAUUAGAACUGCUGGAGGAGAUGACCACUGGUACGUCUUACUAUUUUAAUUUGAUUUUACAUAAAUACGGUGUUCGUUUUUUGUAAGUUAAAGUUCCAAGACUACGUUGUUAAGUGACAAUGGCUAAUUGGAGUGACUAAUUGUUUGAUAACCAUUAUCAAGAGAUGGACAAAACGAUGUGUGGUGAGGAAAGAGGGAGUGAUCAUACCAACUUUGCUAUUUCUCGUUAUGUGAGUUUACCCCAUGUAAGAAUAACACUACUUAUCCUCCGAUCUGUUUUAUAGGUACUGAGACAGAAACCAAGGCAUUCAUGGCCAUUUGUGUGGAGACUCUCAAGAGGUUUGUUUCCUUUAACUCUAGUCUAUAAAACGUCCACGUAAUGCUUGUUAGUUUUUAUUAAAACUGGUUAACUGCGAUUUUUUUUCUCUCAGUACUAUUAUAACUGUGACUCAUGGAGACUUGACACCCGUUGGGGUAGGAGGCGGAUGGACAGUUUCCCAGAGGCCUAAAUUGAUCGACUGCGAGAGUAACAAUUUACCAAUUAAUGAAAUAGUACAAGAAUUGUAUAGUUCUUGAAUGUUGCCUAGUGCACGUCGCCUCAUUGGUGUGCUCUUGGCUGAUACAAAGUGUAUGCGAAGAACAUGGUAACGAAGUUGUUUUAUCGCGUAGAAAGGUGCACAGCUGAUGAUUUAUUGUCAAUAAUAUUUCCAGGUACGGAUUAGAUGACCUCAGAACUCCAGUCUUCAUUUUCGAGCGUCUUUGCAACCUUAUUUUCCCGGUUAGUGUUUUUGUUAUAUUUCCAAAUUUUAUCGUCAUGUAAACUUCUUAUUGGGAGAUUUUGAAAGUAAUAGUGAUAUCCACGUCUUUGCAUUUAUUUUCUUUUUCAGAGAAUCGAGGACGUGGAAAUUGCAAACACUGCUUCUUCUAGUUUCUAAAUUAUGUUUUGUUGUUUGCCGUUAUAUUUAUAGGAGGAAAAUGAUGUUGGUGAGUUUUUCUUGACAUUGGAAAAGGAUCCUCAACAAGAAGAUUUUCUUCAAGGUCGAAUGCAAGGAAAUCCCUACAGGUCAGUGUUAUCAUAUGUCAAACACAAGGUAUUGUGUUAUUUUGUUGUUGUUGUUGCAUAUCAAAUACUGAGAAGUAUGGUUGACAAACUUUCAGGUGUUAGUAGCCAGGGGCUUCUGUCCUGCUUCCAUCAAUUUUUAAAACGAGAACUGAGAUUCUGGGAACAGGUUUAUCGGAAGUCUAAGAAUGGAUAAAUUUCCUCACUCAUCACUCAUUCAAAUAACUUGGAAGCGGUUUCGUUAUUUUCCAAGUUAAAAAUUUGGAAUGAGAAAUAACAGAUGGAAAAACAAGGAGUUCUUAACGAGACAUCCCAACAUGUCACGGACUUGUGUUCCUUUUGUUUUUUCGCACCCCCUUACACCCUAUUUAUCUUUUCACCAGGAAACGACUGCUAUACAGUCUCUGCUAACGGACACCUCGCAAAAACGGACAUCUAGAUUUGAUCCCUGCCUCUCUUUAGUCGUUUUAUUUGACUCGUUCUAAAACGGACAUCUCUGUAAGACAUGUCUGUCUUAAGAAAGAGUUGAGUGUACAGGCUUUAGAGGAUGUUUUUGUAGUGCGCGCCAGAGGUUACUUAUACCUGUGCUAUGUUUUCCUUGUCUUCCCCAGCUGUAAUGAGCCUAGUAUGGGCCCGCUUAUGAGAGAUGUCAAGAACAAGAUAUGUACUGGUGAGAAAAUACUUUGAUAAACCACAAGUCAUCACUGUGUAUUGACGGGACACAAUUUCCACAGGCUUAGGCCGGUAUCCCGGCAAGCCUGAAUUUUUGUGAGGCUUUUCGUAACUGCAUUAGUGCCGUCCGUAACUGCGAUGAUUUUCUUUACAUUUAAGUCUCAAGGCGCUUACCAAAAGUCAGAACUGGCCUGUCAGGCUGAUGCGUCUUGAAAGUGAAAUAGGCUUUUCGCUAGAGUUUUGCCCGGUACCUUUUUCAGGCUUCAGGUAAAUGAAAGGGUAGGGAUUUCAUAUGUUGAAGUAUAUUAAAGGGUAGGGAAAUCUGUCAUUUCGGUUGGCAAAAGGGCCCAAAAGGAACAGAUGCAUUUUAUGGUUGUAAAAAAAUCGAGAAAGCGUUCAUUUUGUGCUUUUUUUUUUUUCACAUUAAUUCAAAGAAUGUGCAUUUACGGCAUUCAAAAGGGAUGUAAAGUUGUAGACUAGGUACGUGAAUGGGGUACCAUUUGUCUACAGAAGGUAUACGAAAGGGGUUCCUUUUCUGUUAAAAAUUGAAUAUAAAAGAGUAAGGUUGGACUUCGAGGAGGAGCCUCGACAGGUCUGAUUGAAAAUGGAAUUCUCUUUCCUAAUGGCCAGAUCCGGCCGCCCAGUUCUGUCUAAUGGUAAGGGCCCUUAUUAUGCCCAGUUAAAAUUUACCCAGCAGCCGGCAAUGUAAUACUACUUAAUACUUAGAUAUAAAACCACACAAAUAACCAAUAAAGGCCUUUACUGCUUCUUACUCUGGUUAUCCACAAUACUGCUCAAAAAUCUUGAAACCCUUGUGUCCGUUUCCCCUUUCCCAACGUGAUUUGGGUAUUACAGUGGUCUCAGUGCUUCAAAAUACGCGUGUGGCUCAACGUUGAGGAGGGAGAGGGCACAUUUCAGUGAGAAGAAAGGUGUGAGAAGUAAAUCUCAGGAUUUUUCCAGAAAUUCAAGAGAAACGGUACCUGUUUCAACGAUUUGUGACGAUUAUUGUAGUCUCUAAAACAUUUUGAAUGGGCUGCUUAGUUACAACCUAUGAGUCCAAAGAGAUCUUUAAGGCUGGAGUUCACUUAAAUGGAAAGGUAAAAGUUUUUAUUUUACGUCGGUAUUAAACUCGUAACAGUACGCAUUAGACUGACAAACCCAAGGCCAACGGUACGCUUGUUUUCCCCCCUCUCUCCCCAUCAGUGCUCCGUAUAACGGGUAUUUAAAGCUACUUUUAUUGCAUUCUGUCUUUCUCCAGAUUGUGAGUUGGUGGCGUUGCUUGAGGAUGACAGCGGAAUGGAGGUAACUUCUCUUUUAAUCCUUGUCUAUAGGAUUGGUAGUGGGUAGUAAUAACAUCUUAUUUCUGUUUCAGUUACUUGUAAACAGCAAAAUCAUCAGUCUGGAUCUGCCGGUCAAGGAUGUUUACAAGAAAAUCUGGUGUCCAGAAGGAGAGGUGUGUUUUUAUUUAUCUUAUACUUACAAAAUGCAAAUGAACUGCUCCCCACUGGCAUGAAAACCCACUUGGUUACAUCUCUGGAUCGUAGGAUCAUGCGUAACCUUUUCAGAACGACUGCAUGUAAUAUUGUUUCUUUGUCCGGCGGUGAUUGUUACUUUGUUAUGAGAUAGACACGCCCUUUCAAUGGUAUUUGUAUUGACUUCAGUCGACUCUCUUUUAACGAACACCUCCAUAAAACGGACACCUAGAGCUGUCAGCUAUCCAUCGUAUUAUUUUGGCUGCAUGCGUUAUGCAGGAGGCCAGUCACGAUGUUGUAAUGAAUAUCUAUACUGAUUUUAAAAAUUGUUUCUAGGGUGAACCAAUGAGGAUCAUCUACAGGAUGAGAGGUAAGAAUUAGAAGGAAAAGGUUGUUGAGUUCUUUGUCGUGCUGAAUUAUCUUGGGAUGUGAAACCCAGUCAUUUUAUACUCUAAGAGUGAGCUCUUGUGUUGGGAUUUCGUGCAGAAUUUCGCAACGGCUUUCGCCGACCGCGCAGAACUCUUGCGGCUACUUUGCUCGCUCCACUACAAGAGAAAACGCUGGAAGGCUAGCCAUUUAGUCGCUUUGUGCUUGACCUCAUUGUCAGAAUAAUGCCUUUGCGGUCUAUCAUUUUUCAGUAAUGACUGUCAUACUGAAAAAAUAGCCACAGUUUCUACAUACAUUAACCAGUGAACCUCACUAAUUAUAGAUUUCGGUUGAAACAGGGUAGACACCCUUUCUUAUUGUUUAAUGUUGACAUUGUGUGAUUCGCUUAGGUUUGUUGGGUGAUGCCACUGAGGAGUUUGUGGAGAAUCUUGAUACACAGCAAGGUUAGUUAUUAAUGCAUUUUCUUUUUAUCCCAUUUUAUGCCUUUACUGCAUUGGAGGAAAGAACCAUUUAAUGAAAUUAAUAUUUGUCUUUACAGAAGAGGAGCAAGACGAUGAAGAAGUAUAUAAGAUGGCCUCUAUCAUGUCAAGUUCUGGUGGAUUAGAAGCCAUGCUUGACAGGUAUUUUAUACUGUCUUACGGAAUUUAGCCGCUAUUUUUGCACAUUUGUGAAGGGAAAUAAUAUCACGCACACAUUUCAGCCUUUCUUGUGUUUCACUGACCGAAUGGGCUCUCUUUAGAGAAAAGGUCGUGUGACCAAAGAAUCAAUAAUCUACAAGUUGAGAACAUUCCUUGACGUUGGGCGACAUUUAAUGCUGCCGUUUACUCCAGCAAUUUUUUUUGUUAGCUCGUUGCGUGUUGUUGUUUUCAACCCUGGCCACGAGAGCCCCGAUUCGGUUGUUAAACUAAACAUUUCAACGUUCAAAGUCGCAGAGAAGAAUUGCUCGGGAUUGAUAUCGUACUUGAAGUUUAUUCAACAAAUUAUUCAGUGCAGAAUUCAGAAGUGUUUUACAAAAUCUUUUUGUUUUAGUCUCAAGCAAAACGAAAAUUUUUGUUGUUGUUGUCAUCUAAAGGUUGAGCGGUAUUAAGGAUCUCGUACGAGGCAAGCAGUUGGUGUCAGUCAUUCUCAAGCUAAUGGGAUAUUGUGUGAAACUUAAGGUAAUCAUCUUUAUUUGUUUAUUCCCUGACGUCGUCCACACUAGAGAGAUGAAGCAUAAUCGCGUUUACGGAAAACGGCAGACGUGAGAUUCAAGUUGAGAAAUUGUCAGAAUGAGUAAUGAGUAAUAAACAGCUUAAAACAAUUCUUAUGGUUUAGUUAUAAUGAACAGUAAACCACAGAUAGAUAGAAAACUUGGUCACGUGGUACAAAUUCACGUUUGCCGUUUGCCAUAAUAGGGAGCUUAAGCAGCGACGUUUUUGAGCGACGCACGUCAACCGGAAGUGAGGUAUUUUCCCUCUUAACAUGCCUUGAUGAUAUAAAAUUUGUAUUCCUUAGCUUCUUUACUGUUAUGGAGGCGAUUUGACUGAAAAUUUGCGCGAAACCACCGUCAAAAUUUGAAAAAGGCCACUUCCGGUUGACGUGCGUCGCUCAAAAACGUUGCUGCUUAAGCUCCCUAAUCUCUCUAUUACAGUACGUUGAGCCGCUCACGGGGAGGGAAAUUUCAGGCAAGCUUAUGAACUUUCGAUAGGAAAAACUGUAACCAUACUGUGUCAAUAUUCAGUAAGAGGUCGUGGCAGUAAUAAUAUAGUAAAGUGGCAUUAGCCUUUGAAGAAUAAUUUUCUUAGCGAGAGUAUCUGCUUUCAGAUAAGACCACAAGCUAGAUUUUACUUGUAACAAGCUAACUCGGCGUAGAGAAUAGCAAACGACAAGUUCUGUUUGGCUGUAAAGUACGUCGGGUAAUUAUACCUUUAUCAGUCACCGAAAUUCAGUCCAAGCACGCUUCCACUUCGAAGGUGCAUUCUUCAGCAAUUAUGGAUUUUAUUGCGGCGGGAAGACUUUAGUAGCAGAAGACUUGUUUGCUAGUCGGUGAGAAAGUUUCGUCCCACAUGUGGGUCCUUAAUCUUUCAAGUCUUGGGGCUAAAAGGAUGAUUAUGUUUCCGCAGGUCAACAGGCAGUACCUCUGCCUUCCUAAUUUGAAUACGCUCAAUGUCUUGCUUGGAACUUUAAAUCAGGUAUGGCUAAGAAUAACUGUGUCCUCAUUGCUUCAUAAACAAGUGUUGUUUUCUCCAUUCAACGCGUUGACUGUGAAUCGUUUUGUUAAACCACAAGACUGUAAACUUCCCGGACAUCUGCUCUAGAAUGGCAACCGGGGACUGCGUGGCCACGACUUCAACGAUAUACAGAGGUCGCGUCCCUGUUAAACGGGAGAAAACAGAAUUGGGUCUAAAUACCUGAUCAGACUAUUUGUUCAUAAUAAACGCUUUGUAUCCAAGGCUAAGUUCACACAGUAGCGGAUAAAUUUUUGACCGGUUGAAAUUCGUGGCUUUAAGUUACAUUUCCCCGCUUUAAAGCCUUUGUUUGUGCUCAUGACUUAGUGUGUGGCCGUUUCUUGGCAAUGAGCAAGCAUGGAAAAUAAAGGUCUUGGCGUGGGCAAGGAAUAUUUGCAUGGAUAUGAGGAUACAUAGCCGCUCACACAGCACAUAAUUUAAAGGUGAACCCCUCUUGUCGGUUUUGAGGUAUUGGGUAGGUUUAUUUUCAGAUACGAAAACCAGUACAUGUGUUGUGUGGGCAAAAAGGGAAAGAAGAGAAAAUCGUUGUGAAGGGUUUCAGUUUACGUGACAAUAUUCUCACAACUGUAAGCCAUAAUACCGACUGUUGCUGUUAUUUAGGCUCUUCGGCUUGAGGCUGAUUCAGGUGGUGGAGCCAGCGUAGCAGAAGACGUGCUUGGUAUCAUGGAGACUGUACUACAAGAGGCAACCAGUACACCCACCCCAGAGAUACCCAUCCAACAGGGCGAUGGAUCUCAACUAGACAUGCUGCUAGACAGAAUAACAAGCCCUUAUGUGGUACAGUAGUCGUAGUUUUUGCAUAACAGCCAAAUGCUCGUCGCUCGUUAUCAUUUUGGAAUUGUUAUUGCAUUUUGCCUUUGAUAGACACUAACCCUGUCACUUCUAGAACAAGUUAUGGCAUUAUUAUUUGUCAUUCUUACUUUGAAAUCUGGGGGCGAAAUCCUUUGUUGUUACCAUUCAAAUGAAACCUCUGUGGCACAACUUUUGCGCGGUAUCAUUUAUUUCUUUGCAAUUUGUUCAAACAGAUUGUGAAUGUUUCGUGAACUUUUUCUUUUGCCACCAUUUGAAAUAAAGGGUUGAGUGAUCUGCACAAUAGACAAGUCUUGCACAAUAGACAGUGGGCAGUUAGUGGAUACAGACACCUCUUGCUGUCCACUAAAGAGAAACAUCAAGAUGAAAGAGGCUAUGAAAGUAAAGGCAUUUCAGUGUUCAACCUUGAAACAGUUUUAUGUAUUCCUUUCCGAAAUCAAGGAUGUAUUAUACCAAUAAACAGUUAGUGAAUGAAUGACUUUUACAGUUCCGGAAUGUACUGAAGAUUGAAAUGACGCGCUACAUACACUUGUGAACGUGAGAUCGUACAGUUACCUGUUCUACAAUUUACCUUCAAUCGUCUUGACACUGGUCGUCUUGAUGUUCAAUUUACAGAGAACCCACACCAGUGUUCUUCAAGCCAUGAUGCGUAUAAUCCCAUUCCUCACGUUCGGUGACGAAGAAAACAUGCGGACAUUGGUGAACCACUUUCUGCCUUACUUGGACUUUGAGAAGUAAGUGUCCGUCUUUUGAAGUGUAAUUAACCUAGGGACUGUGCCUCUGAUGGGUGAUUGAUUGAAGAUGUCAUUAUUACAAACUGUUUUGGGGGUUAAGAAAUCUUGAUGUUUUUCUUAUUGCCUUUGUAGAUUUGACCGUGAGCGCUCAAAUGAUGAAGUUCUCUUUUUUGACUGCUUCUGUAGCAUAGCCAGCAAAAUCGAGGUAAGCUUUGUGCAGAUGUGUUAAUUUAGGGUAUAAGCCUUUUUGUGUAGUUUCUGAUCAAUCCUGUACUGACGUACUACAUCCACUUUUGAGGAUUUGCACUAUAUUAUCGUUAACGCUAAGACCAGUUUUGAAGGCUUUCAACAAAAUACAACCCAAUAUGGAUUUCAGACGGUUCAACCUUGAUAUAUAAAUGUUGCUUUCCUUACUUAAAACACAUUGUCGGGGGUUCUAGUAAUGUCCUAGACCCAAUUUACAAAAUAGUCUUGAAUGUUUAUUUUAGAUUUUUGUCUUUAUCUUAUCUGUUUAUGUCUAUCUUGUCCUCAGCUUGGUUUGUGAUCACGUUGUCGUUGCUUCAUUGAGAAUCUCUUCUAAACUGUUCUUAAUUUAUUUUAUUUUAACAGAACAACCACAAUGGUUUUAAGCUGAAAGAAAUGAUAAUUGAAAAUGGGAUUGUUGCCAAGGCAAUUACGUACCUAGAAAAACAAACACCUCAGAAGCCCUUAAGGUACAAAUCAGCUUCUACUCAGUCUGUUGUAGUUUAAUUUACUAUUUUGUUGUUUUGUUCAUGUGUGGUAGUUUCUUUAUGCGUUAAAGGAGUUGUCACACCCAAUGCGCCUGCUCCGGUGUUUGAAAACAAGAAAUCAAACGAGCGUGAUUUUGUUGCUUUCGAAAAGAAAUCCGCUUUCAUCGUCGUCAUUUGGCGCUUCUGUAACCUUUUCACACCUGUUGUUAGUGUGGGAUAUAUUUUUGUAGAAUAACAACUUACGCAAAACAGUUUCGCCGCUCUAGCAGAAAAAAAAAUCUUCAUUGCAAGAAAGGCAAAGCUUUAAAACGCGUCAUUACAUUAGGUACCCUACUGCGACUGUGAGGGCACGGCGGUGCCAGAUUUAAACGUCUAAACAUUCGCUUAUUUGCUGAACUUAAAGUAUUUCUUGCCUGCGAUAAAACCGUGGUCAGUGGCUGUUAGCUCUAGGAGAUUUGCUGUCCAUUAAGGCCUGUUUUUUUUUUUUUCUGAAGGUAAUUUUUGUUUCUUUGCAGCAAGGCAAACCUGCUUGAAGCUGACGUGUGGAAGGAAUUUUUAGCGCGUCCUUCCCUUCCUUAUGUUUUGCGCCUGUUGUCUGGACUCUGUAAAGGACACAGUAAUACACAGGUACUCUUUUACUGUGAUCUUUUUUAAAGUACGCCGAUGGGAGCCGCGCUAUACGUGUUAGCUAAGCCACAAUACUUUUAAUAGGUUGCUUCUACAUCGGCAGUCCUCGAUACCGUCAAAACUAAGAUUUUUGUAAAAAAAACCUCGCCUGAUAGAUGUUGUGAAUACGGAUGACAAGACCUAAGAUGACUAAAAACAGCGGCGUUUGUCUCAGUUUGUAUGAUGAUGAGGCAAACAUUUGAUGAUGAACAUAACGUGACCGAGUCCUGUGAAAACCGUUUUGGCUAAAAAUGAGUCAACUGAGAGGACUUGUCGACUUACACGAUACUAUCACACUUCACUGUUCCGUCUGUUAUUUUGCUUUUAAUUUUUCCGGCACUGUCUUACCUGCAGGUCCUUGUUGGUGAGUCGGCAGUACCAGCCAUUCAUAGACUGGAACAGGUAUCAACAGAAGAGAAGGUCGGAUCACUGGCAGAGAAUCUUCUGGAAGCUCUUAGAGACCAUCCUGACGUCGAGAAAAAGGUCAGCUGAUUUUUAGAGCUAUUAAAGCAAAUGUUGUGUAAUAUCCGCGCCUGUGCGUGGGCGUUUCCGAUAUGGCUUCCUUUUCUUCACUUCUCCCUCGCGUCAGCGUGCUAAGGUGAUUUUAGUAGAUCCAACCGAGUAGACGAACUGUCAGUUAUUUGAAGGGAAUUCAAAUUUUUUCUAUAUAUUUAGCCAACUCUUACCUUGCGUAUACCUCGCUGUUCUACUCCGAUAAUACGAAAAGUAUUAUUAAAUUCCCCGUUAAUGACAAACUACAGACGUUAAGAUGUUCUUUGUGCCCUCACCAGCAAAUGAGAAUCAGCCAGGGCACUUCGUACAUCACACUAAAUAAUAAAAACCCUAGGAAAAGUUCAGAAAUGUUGCCAGUACAUCCCCGUUCUAAUCAUUUGCUUUCCGUGUGUUCUCUAUAGGUGUCAGAAGUUCGUCGAUCAACUCGUUUGGAAAAGAAGAAACUUGCCAUGGCCAUGAGAGAAAAACAGCUUGGUGCUCUGGGCAUGGAGGUAGGUAGUUCCAUAGCAUGUUCCAGGCUUUCAGAUAGUAUCGGGUGGCAGGAAGAAAGCUCAAAUCCAAGAGAAUGAAGUUUUGCCUUGAGCCUAGGGUUUAUUUUCUCCCCAUGUCGUGUAAUAUUGAGUUCAUUUUCGUCCUUUGACACGGAUAUGGCUUGAUAAAAACUUGACUAUUUCAUAUAGCUAGGUGGUAAACUUAGCGACUUUCAUGUCAAUUUACUGAAAACAGUUCAAUCUAGUAACCAACAACAAAGAGUAAGUGCCCUGUUGGUAUUCUGCUAUGUCUUUGAUUUAUUAUUAUCAUUUAAUCCCACGCUUAUUCAGACAACAUCGUCAGGAAAAAUAAUCGCUAAACCGUCAAGCAUACUCCGUGAGAUGGAAGAACUUCACGAAGAGUCUGGGCUGGUUUGUUGCAUCUGCCGUGAAGGCUACAAAUAUCACCCUCAAAAGGUGUGCUUGCUUCUUCGUAUUUGGAGAAAUGUUUUAAGUCUCGUUGUUUCUUUUUCUGUUCAGACUUCAUAGGUGCUGCAUUGAAUUGUUUGUCACCGGCAGGGUAUUUUAUUACAUUUCACUCUAUCUCAACGAAUGGCUCCUUUAAGUAUAAUGGUCAUCGAAUAGAUUUUUCCCUGGUAAACGAUCUGGUUUUUGCAAGCUCGUUUGAAUAGUACUUUAAAAAGAUUUUAGAACUUAGUAAGUUUGAACCAAAAUAACACCUUUGUAGUUUUCUAACUAUCGAAGACUGGAAUUUGUUUCAGGUACUUGGUAUCUACACCUUCACCAAGAGAUGUAUUUUGGAGGAAUUCGAAAACAAACAGCGAAAAACACUGGUACGUCAUUAUGUAGUGUUGAUCCUGAUCAUUAUUUUAAAAAUGAGGUUCUUAAACUGCAGAAACAGGGAAAAGGCUUGCGCAAUCCAUCACAAAUUGGCAACAACUUGAAAAAUGACAAACUGUUCCUUUUUCCUCUGUCUAGUUUGAAGCUUUUUUGUAAGCUAAUGGCUUCUAUUCUCCUGAUUUUUUCAUAGGGUUACUGUACUGUCAGCCAUUUCAAUAUUGUCCAUUAUGAUUGUCACAUGGCCGCUGUGAGGUGAGAUUAUUAUCGUUUUAACUCGGAGUUUCACCAUGAGAACAUCUUUUUAUAGGUUCUAGAGCGAAUGGAAUAAUCUAGAGUGACAUUAAAAAGAAGAACAUUGUCACUUUGAAAAGUCAAAGCCUUUGCAAAAUGAGGUAUUUUGUAUAAGUAUGUAUCUCGUCACUAUUUAAAUCUUGUUCUUUGGUUUUGAAAUUUCGUAGAUUUUAGGUAGGUCGGUACUGUUAUGGGCUAGUUAUUCAGGCUUGUGUAAUCGUUUUUCUUUACUAGACUCGCCCGAGGCCGUGACGAAUGGGAGAGUGCUGCACUUCAGAAUGCCAACACUAAAUGUAAUGGCCUGCUGCCAAUCUGGGGACCACAGGUAAAAUGAUACCUUUCCACAGGCAUCCCAACCUUGGGAGCCUUAGACAUUCAUAGUGGCCACGUUUUAAACAAAACGAUUGAUGUUAGAAGCGUUCUGGUAGCGAUCGAAAAUUAGUAAAACAUAAAUGGGCAACUUUAAGUCAGUCAGUUAUGUUUCAAACUUUCUUGUAUGUUUGAAACUGUAAGUUUACCAGAAGCUGACGGUUCCUGGCCUCAAGUAACAUUGUACACAGGAUAACCCGAACGUAAAACCUGCGAACAGGUUUUUUUGUGGUGGCGUUUUUUGGCGAACCGACGCAGAGACCUAAUGCCCACGCGUACUUGAAACUCGUUCAGGCCAGUGCUUGAGCGGCGAAACACGAGAAACAGGGAACAGCAAAAACCCAACACAGGCUAUUCGAAAGCUGUUUUUUUAUUACAUUUUUUUGUGCAUUCGAUUAAUAUUUACCGUGUAAGGACUAUAAUUAUAUAUUUUUUCAUCAGGUAUCCGAGUCGGCAUUUGCAAGUUGUUUGGCAAGGUGAGGAUAUGUUCCCCACUUUAUUUUUCUGCGUUGCUGUUAUGGAAUGAAAUGCUGGGACCAAGCGGGUUUACAUUGGCCCUUUCCACGAUUCACUCCGCUAUCCUCCUUAUCCUCCCUCCCCUUGUCUCAUAUCUUUUCUUCGCCGGCUGACUGGGUAUUUGACGAGUGAAAGAGUACUGAGCGCAUUUACACGAUGGCGUCAUUUUACUACUACGACCAGAAUCCUUAAGGCUUUUGCUUUCUUGUGCAAAUUAGAGCUUUUGUUGUUGAAGCCUCACUGGAUUACCAAAUUUAAAUAUGAAAGGAAAAACGGAAUGAAUUUUGGUCGUAGUAGUAAAAAAGACGUCAUCGUGCAAAUGGCCUGUUUAAUGGUUUGCUAAAAUUGUUUUGUUCAUCGCAUGUUAAAAAACUAUUUGGAAUUCAGUUCCGAAGUUUAGUUUUACGAUGAUUACAUGAUAAGGGACUCACAUUUCAUCGAAGAGCAAAAAACUCCAUGGUGUAGUCAACAGUUAGUUUCUUGCACGUGGGACCUACGACUCUAUAUUUGCCUCGACUAGCGCUUUCGUUAUUUGACUUGCUCCGCUCUGAUACAUAUUUUUUGACCGUUUCUUUUUUCUAGACACAACAGUUAUAUUCAAGAGUGCACCGGUCACCUGGAGCCCACAUAUCAUGCCUCCAUUCACGAUCUUCGCUUGCUGUUACAGCGGUUUGCUUUUGAGAAGUCGUUUAGCGAAGACACUGGAGGAGGGGGUCGAGACUCAAACAUCAAAUUUGUUCCCUACGCAAUGCACAUGAUCCUCUACGUACUAAACACGUAAGGUUUGCAAAUCUGUCCUCACCGAUACAAGAUUAAGACAUCUUAGGGACCGUGGACAAUGUGUCUCUUUUUCAAGGGUACUCGUUUUGAAUGUAGAGUAUUUAAAACACACACACCACUUACUAGGCCAUUCAGCACCUGAGCGUGUAGUGUGCAUUCAAUCCUAGUGAUAUCGUGUAGCUGUCCUAAAUGGUAGAUUUGGCAGAUUUUCAGUGCCUAGGUAUAAAAGAGCUUAAGCAACGAAGACGGCGACUGCAACGACAAAAACAAAAAAGUAAUUUUACGUUUAGAUUAGCAAACUAUGACAACAACAAUCCACGCCAAUCACGAGUUUUGUACGUUUCCUUGCAGCCGUUGUACGACUACGACGUGAAACUUCCUUACAUCGUGUUUUAUGGAGGAAGUGAACACAGGAGAAAGACUUUAUUUUUCUUCUUUCUGAACUUAGCUACAAUCAUUUAGAGUUCAACUCCAGAAAAAUUCGCCAACAUUUUUACAAACUGAAUGAGGUGGAAUAACGGCAAUGAAGUGUGAAACCGCGUAUUGACUUCCUAAGUGACGUUUUCGCAGUUGUCACCUUCGCGGUUGUUUAGAUUCUCUGUUGGCUCAGCUUUUCUUUCCUUGAAGUAAACUUUGGCUAGUGUUUGAGUGAUUCGCUAAAAAAUCGUUUCGUCUUGAUGGCAUGGAAACGAUAAAAGGCGAGUAUUGAUUUUUAACUUUUACGUCAAAGAACUGUGUUAUCUUUCUUUGUAGAACGCGACAGGUGAGUCGGGAAGAGAAAACCCUCAAGUCCUUCUUGGAUAUGUCUCCUGACAAAUGGGUUGAAGCAUCGUACGAGGUAUGCUGGAUCUUAAACGUUAACACUCAAAAGAUGGAUAAUGUUAUCUACUGGAUAAAUCGCUAUCCACUGCAGGGUAACGCGACUGAUUUCCCUAAUGCUUAUCCACUGGCUGGUGAUUUAUCCGAUGGAAAGCGCUAUCCAACGUUUGAACAAUAAUGGCCAGACCCAUUUCAUUUCAAAGAUUUUCACUCUCGCUAUGUAAUUGUUAAACAACUAUUCUUCAAAUUUUUUUCUGUUCAUUUUGUCGCACUCAAACCAAGCAGUACUUUCCUCAUCGUACAAAAAAUUUUUCAACCCACUGACUUGAUAACGGAGUGAAUUGCUUUGUUGAUUUUUUUGCAGGUUGACAGUCCAUUAUUCUUGACAGUCCUAUCGCUGUUUGUUUACUCCUUGGAACAGUGGAACCAAUCAAAGAUCACUUACCUUAAAAGGCUUGUGGUCACUGCGCAUGCUCGACAUCUCUCACCAACAGGAACUUCCAAGUACGACUAUCCUUAAUUUAAUUUUUAAUCAGUGAUCCCGUUUUACGAAUACAGAGCGCAAGCAAACCUUCCACAUGAACUGUAAUGCUGAUUAGUCAUACUGUAAAAAUAAGGACGCUGUAAUAAGAAUUACUGUAACUGUGACAAGUUAAGAAAGCUUAUAAAAAUAUUAUACGUCCUUGAAAUGUUCAGUAAUGUCUUUGGGAGCUUAUUUUCUUUAUUUUCCGGAGUUUCCUUUUCAUGAAACUAUGCCCUUACAGCUAAUGCUAUUGCGUACCAGAUAAGUAAUGAACUAGACUUGCCAUCGAAUUUCACUUUCACAGCAGAGAGCGAGCGGAGCGAGCUUUUUGAGCCCUCUUCGCGGCUGCGUGAGGCGACGAAGUGGCGGGGCCAAAUUAAGUAGGACGAAGGAUAUUUUUGAAGAGGUCUAGUAAUACACCAUUCAUUGGUCCUAUUUGUACACAGGAUCUCGGAUAUGACCCCAGCUUUGUUCUCUGUUUACCGACCGUAUAUUAUGUUCUUUGCGCUGAUCGACAAGUUUCAUCAGCUUUUGAAGGUAAGUGAGACUUGCUUCAGCUACAUGUGCUGACUCCAUAAAUAUAACGUUCUGUCAACAAGUGCCGAUCUCUUCCUGUACGUACAAGCAAUUGCAACUCAUUAUAUUUGGGUGAACUGUUGGCAGCUGUUCAACAAGGCGAUCAUGCAACUUGUUUGAAGGUUUGAAAUCCAACCCCUGCGAAUGCACAUAGUAUCUCUCGUUAGCGGUUAGCUCUACUUGACAAAGGCACGUUUGAACUCUCUGCGUAUGAGAAGCAUUCCCCUGAAAACGGCCACCUUCGGUUGCGGAAACGUUUUCAGCUUUCCGAGAACAUCGCUCAAGGCAACUUCGAUUGUAUCACUCAAAACUAAAGACAAUACUAUUGCCGAACCUUGGCACAAUGACCACCAACCAUUGGAACAGAGGUAAAUGGCCAUUGAAGAAGAGUAAAAACCAAAGUGAAUGUAGCCGUGGGGUCGAAUUAAUGUGACCGUUUAGUUGUUGAGAGAGAGAGCUAUUAUUAGAGGUUCGAGUGAUCAGGAUAGAUGCUUGCAAAUGCCUGAUGUAUUCGUUAGUUUAAGAUACAUUGCGAUGUUUUUAGCGAUAGUUAUUACCUCCUGUUUUGUUCCACAGAAAAAUCUGCCAGCCGAUAACAGUGCCUGCCCGCAAGGUAUGCUGGAAUACAUCCGAAACAAUGACGAGACGGUGCUGAAGGGUUGUGACCAGGUAGGAAUUGAAAGAAAAUGAAUGAUCAUACUCUUAUUCUCUAAACCAGAUGAACCCAUGUAGAGAGAGCGACCAGUAGGAAAGUUUUUUUAUUUAUUUAUUUUUUUUUCUUUUUGCGCGUGGCACACAGUAUCGCUUGUAAGAAGAUGUUACUACUCAAUUAUAAACGUUUUCCUUUUACCACGGACUAGAGGGGACUGUAUCAAAAUUCAGGCCACCAAAGUUGUGUUUUUGCUACGUCACCAAACACGAUUCCAGUGCUUUACUUCAUCAGUGCAUGAAUGUUUCACAUGUAUGAAUAACUAUACACCCAACAAAUCAUGCAAAUGUUUCUGAUUACAGCAAAGUCUUAUGUUUUGUUUUCUUCGACAGGUUCUGUCUUUUUACCAAACAGAUCUGUUGCCUUCAGAAUCAGCUGCUGAGUUGUUUGAUGUGGCAGGUUAGUGCUAUGUGAUUCUUGUUCUUGUUGAGCCUGCUCUGUCCUUAGGGGCUAUUCACAUGAUGCCUAAAUGACUUUCAUUCUGGAACGAAUUCAUUCCAUCUCCAUAUAUUUCUCUGUAUUUGUUUACAUGAUACAGUAGCGACAUUUAGUUCCCGUUUAAGUCAUUCCGGUUUUCAAUCCGAAUGAAAUUCUCGUUCUGGUAUGAAGUUUCAUUCUGGUGUCCUGUAAACUGAAAACAAACUUCGUUCCGGUUUGAAAAUCGCAAAUCCGCGUGCAGUUUGGCGCGAGUGGCGCAUGCUUGUUUGGUCUGCCGCGAAAACCACCUGGCCGAGAACGCCUUAAACUGAGCUAGUCGAUCAGUUUAUCAUGUGAAUGUAGACACUAGUACGAAAUUCAUUCUUGGACGAAACUCAUUCCGGUAUUAUAUAAACAGCCCCUCUAAGUAUAAUUCAUUAGAAUUCGUCCAAAGAAGAAAGUUUGUCUUGGCCAAACAUUGAAAACAAGAAGUAACAAACCAAAUUGAAAAUGAGACAAAUCCGUUCAAAAAAACUAUGCCAUUAUUUAUAGCAAGGUGACGGUUGUUGUACUUUUGUAUGUAGGUAAAACGAUGAACCUUUAUAUUUAAAAGUCUUGAACUUAUAAACGCAGGCCAGAACAUCGCUGUAUGUAAACAGCAUUUACCCCCCAUUAAUUUGUUGGUUCUCUUUCUUGCACCUGGUUUUUCUUCACCCUUUCUCUGUCAAAUUUCAAUUCGAUCUGCGAUGCACGAACGCUUUGUAGGUGCUUCGUGGCAAGCAAGUAAAGUCAUAUUUUAUUAGAGUUCACCGGCGGGGUUUGAACACCCUGGGCGGUAUCUUACUUGUAAAGCAAUGGUGGUCUCUACAUCACCACACUGGCAUUGUAACCGUGAAUGUCGCCCUCUCUCAGUGGGGAUAGAGCGUCCACGGGACUCGGCCGAUCAUGUGUUGAAAUCCUGUCAUGAAAUAAUGAACAUUACGCAUUUCUCAAACUGUUUCUUACAGCGUCACUUAAUACCUCCUAACACCAUUUUUUUCUUUUCAGGGUUGUUGUCUGAUGUUCCAGAUCCAGACAGUUUUAUUUCCGAGACCCUGGCCUUACUUCCUAAGUGAAAUAUUGCUUCCACCAGAAAAACACCUCUUGUUUUCACAAAGCCGUAAACGUAUGGACGUUAAACCUAACAAAUCUUGAUAAAAACCGCCUGAAGAAUGCCUCAGUAUUUUUAUUCAUGCAAACAUAACUUUAAACUGAAUUGAUGUAAUGAAAGAGAUCGCAAU